UUCUCACACUGUGUUUUCUGAAAUCAUAUCUGGAUAAGGACUUUGUUUCAGUAGACAAAACCCUUUGGGCUUCGUCCCUCCAAUUCAAGGCACUCUUGUGGAAACGAGGUGCCAUCCACCAUGUCAACACAGGCACCAACAUUUACACAGCCGCUUCAGAGCAUUGUGGCCCUUGAGGGUAGUGCUGCAACGUUUGAAGCUCAAGUUAGUGGUAAUCCAGUUCCAGAGGUGAGCUGGUUUCGUGAUGGCCAGGUUCUUACUGCUGCCGCUCUGCCCGGCGCUCAGAUCUCGUUCAGCGAUGGCCGCGCUGUUCUGAUGAUCCCCGCUGUGGCAGCCGCACACAGUGGAAGAUUUUCUGUGAGAGCCACCAAUGGUGCUGGACAAGCCACUAGCACUGCUGAACUGCUGGUUACAGUGGAAACUGCGCCACCAAACUUCAUUCAGAGACUACAGAGUGUGACUGUUAGACAAGGAAGCCAAGUGAGACUGGAUGUUCGAGUUGCAGGAAUCCCUACACCUGUGGUGAAGUUCUACAGAGAGGGAGCUGAGAUUCAGAGCUCUGCUGACUUUCAGAUUGUUCAAGACGGAGACCUUUACAGUUUGUUGAUUGCCGAGGCCUUCCCAGAAGAUUCUGGAACUUAUUCUGUCAGUGCUUCUAACAGCAGUGGACGUACUACCUCUACAGCUGAACUUCUGGUUCAAGGUGAGGAGGUUGCAGUGCCUGCAAAGAAGACCAAGACUUUUGUUUCAACUUCUCAGAUUUCACAGACUCGCCAGGCUAGAGUUGAAAAGAGAAUGGAGGCCUCCUUUGAGUCCGCAGCCAUGAUGGAAAUGCAAAUAGAGGAUAGUGAUUUGGCUCACAAGGCACCACCCUGUGUGCCUCCUAAGCCGACCUCCAAGUCCCCAACCCCACCGGGAGGAGUGUCAAAGGUCGCAGCUAUGCGCCAUCAGUCACCUUCCCCUGUGAGGCCUGUUAAAGCCCCCAUUCACACACCUCACAGGCCUGCUUCCCCUUCAAGAUUGUCCGUGUCCCCUAUCAGACCAGUCAAGUCCCCAAUGACUACACUCAAACAAGUCGCACAGGGUGCAGAUGUACUGCCUCCAUGGAAGCAGGAGGGUUACGUAGGAGAAUCCAGUUAUACCAGCAUGACUACUGGGGCCUCAUAUGUCCAGACUUCCUCCACAUUUGUCCACAAGGAGCAGCAUUGGGAAGGUUCUUUUGCUAUGCAACAACAAGCUGGUGGAUUUGCUAUUGUUGAGACUGCAGCAAUCCCAUCCCUCACAAAAGAGCAAGUGAUGCCUCCAACUAUUGUGGCUGGUUUGAAGAACGUUACUGUCAUCGAGGGAGAGUCUGUCACUCUGGAGUGCCAGAUUUCAGGCCACCCUACCCCAGCCAUUAUGUGGUUCAGAGAGGAUUACAGAAUUGAGAACUCAAUUGACUUCCAGAUCACUUAUGAAAACAGCUAUGCCCACUUGGUGAUCCGUGAGGCCUUUGCUGAAGAUAGUGGCCGCUUCACUUGCACUGCUACCAGUGAGGCUGGAACUAUCAGCACCUCUUGCUACCUGCUUGUUAAAGUGUCAGAAGACAUUGAAAGUCGGGAGGAUUUUUCUACUGUCUCUGAACACAUUGAAAUGUCUGCUCAGGAAAGACAGGUUACAGUUGAAGCCAAAGAGGAGACCAUGUCUGAAAUAAGUGCUGUCUCCGAGUCUGUGGAGGCUGGAGUUGCCCCAUUCUUUGUGAAGAAACCCACAGUACAAAAGCUUGUGGAGGGAGACAGCAUAGUCUUUGAGUGCCAAGUCGGAGGAAGCCCCAAGCCUCAUAUUUACUGGAAGAAGAGUGGAAUUCCACUUACUACUGGAUACAGGUACAGAGUAGCCUACAAUAAGAACACAGGAGCAUGCAAGCUUGAGAUCUCCAUGACAUUUGCUGAUGAUGCUGGAGAAUACACCAUCUUUGCUAGAAACCCACUUGGAGAGAUUUCUGCUUCAGCCAUGCUGCUUGAUGAAGAGGCAUAUGAGCUGUAUAUGAAGAAACAGGAAGAGACAUUCAAGACCGAAGUAACUACUAUAAUAGAGGAGCCAAAAGUGGCUGACAUACCUGCUGUUGUUGAGACUGUAACUGAGAAAGAGCAGAUGCUCAUGCAGAGAAGGAUGGCUCAACAAACCCAGAUAAUGCAGUCCUUCAUUUCAGAGCAGGAGUUACAAAUAUCUAACUUGGAGCAAAGAUUCAUCCAAGAAAUUGAAUUCCGCUUGCUGAAGAUUACUUACCAGGAGCUGGUGAUUGAGGAUGGGGAGCAGUUCGAUAUGAGUGUUUCUGAACAUGAUGCUAUUUAUCCAGUCUUUAAUACUCCAGUUAAAAGCUACAGACUCAGGGAGGGAAUGAGUGCAACUUUUCAUUGCAGGAUGACAGGAACCCCUCUCCCUAAGAUCAUCUGGUACAAAGAUGGCAAGCGUAUCACACAUGGAGGCCGUUAUCAGAUGGAGGUUCUGCAGGAUGGUAGAGCCAGUCUGCGCCUUCCUACAGUGCUGUCAGAAGAUGAGGGCAUCUAUACUGCUUUGGUCAGUAACAUAAAGGGUAAUGCUGUCAGCUCUGGAAAGCUGUAUGUGGAGCCAACUGGUAUAGCACAAACACAGCUUCCUCAGCCAGGGACAGUUCAAAGAAUCAGGUCCACAUCACCACGCUCCACAAGUCGUUCUCCUGGUCGAUCACCUGCUCGUAGACUUGAUGAGACAGACGAGGCCCAGCUAGAAAGACUCUACAAGCCUGUGUUUGUACAGAAGCCAUCAUCCUUCAAGUGCUCUGAGGGACAGACUGCAAGAUUUGAUCUGAAAGUAGUUGGGAGACCCAUGCCUGAAACUUAUUGGUUCCACAAUGGACAACAAGUGGUCAAUGAUUACACCCACAAGAUUGUGGUAAAGGAGGAUGGAACUCAGUCAAUGAUUGUGGUUCCUGCCAUGCCUCAGGACUCUGGAGAGUGGACAGUUGUUGCUCAGAACAGAGCUGGAAAGACAACCGUAUCUAUGACUCUCACUGUUGAAGCCAAGGAAAACUUGGUGAGACCACAAUUUGUGGAAAAGCUAAGAAACAUCAGCGUUAAAGAGGGUACUUUGGUUGAGCUAGCUGUUAAAGCUAUUGGCAACCCCCUUCCUGACAUUGUUUGGCUGAAGAACAGUGACAUAAUCUCCCCACAUAAACACCCACAUAUUAGGAUUGAGGGUGGUAAAGGCGAAGCUCAUUUCAAGAUUCCAUCAUGUACAGGAUCUGAUAGCGCAUGGUACACUGCUACUGCUAUUAACAAAGCUGGCAGAGAUACCACACGCUGCAAAGUUAACAUUGAGGUGGAUGCAGUAAUGCCUCAGCCUGAGAAAAAGCUUAUCAUUCCCAAGGGAACUUACAAGGCCAAAGAAAUUGCUGCACCAGAGUUAGAGCCACUGCAUCUUCGCUAUGGUCAGGAACAGUGGGAAGAUGGUGACCUCUAUGAUAAGGAGAAGCAACAGAAGCCUCACUUCAAAAAGAAGCUUACCUCAGUCAGGCUGAAGCGAUUUGGACCUGCGCACUUUGAGUGUAGACUGACCCCUAUUGGUGACCCGACCAUGAUUGUUGAGUGGCUGCAUGAUGGCAAGCCAUUAGCAGCUGCUAACAGACUACGCAUGGUCAGUGAGUUUGGCUAUUGCAGUCUUGACUACGAAUCUGCUUAUUCCAGAGAUAGCGGUGUCAUUACUUGCAGAGCCACCAACAAGUUUGGAGCUGACCAGACCUCUGCUACACUAAUUGUUAAAGAUGAGAAAAGCCUUGUUGAGGAAACUCAGUUGCCAGAGGGAAGGCGAGGACAAAGAAUAGAUGAAAUAGAACGUAUUGCACAUGAGGGUGGCCCUUCUGGAGUUACUGGAGAUGAUAAUCUUGAAAAGACUAAGCCAGAGAUUGUGUUACUUCCAGAACCAGUCAGAGUUACAGAGGGAGAAACAGCUAAAUUCCGCUGUAGGGUGACCGGCUACCCUACCCCAAAAGUUAACUGGUACCUCAAUGGACUGCUCAUCUGCAAGAGUAAACGAUUCAGACUUCACUUUGAUGGUAUUCACUACUUGGAAAUUGUAGAUGCCAAGCCCUAUGAUUCAGGGGAUGUCAAAGUUUUGGCUGAAAACCCUGAAGGUGUUACUGAGCAUCUUGUAAAAUUUGAGAUUCAGCAGAAGGAAGACUUCAGGUCAAUCUUGCGUCGUGCACCUGAGGUUAAGGCUCCUGCUCCUGUACCAACACAAGAGCAUGGUAGAGUCUCGUUUGAGGUUGUCAAAGCUGAGAAACCAUCUGAGACCUCUAAAGAACCCAAGGAGGUGGUUAAGCUGAGGAAAACUGAGAGAGUAAUCCAUGAGAAAUUAACAGAAGAAACAGAGGAGCUAAAAAGCAAAUUUAAGCGUAGGACCCAGGAGGGCUACUAUGAAGCAAUAACUGCCGUAGAACUGAAGUCCCGCAAGAAGAAUGAGUCCUAUGAGGAUAUGCUGAAGAAGAGGAAAGAAGAACUUCUUCAUCACGCAAAAGAACUAGGGCCUGAUGCUGAGAGGAAGAAAGAAGAGGAGAGUAAACUCACCAUUCCCAAAGUCAAACCAGAGAAAAUUGUGCUCUCUCCAAGCAUGGAGGCUCCUAAGAUCAUAGAACGGAUUCAGAGCCAGACAGUUUGCCUGGGAGAUGAAGUACACUUCCGCUGUAGAGUCACCGGUAAACCAGAUCCAGAAUGUCAGUGGUUCAAGAAUGGUGUCUUAUUGGAGAAGUCAGACCGAGUUUACUGGUAUUGGCCAGAGGACCAUGUCUGUGAAUUAGUGAUAAAAAAUGUCUUAGCUGAGGACUCAGCAAGUAUAAUGAUCAAAGCCAUGAACAUUGCUGGAGAGACCUCAAGCCAUGCUUUCCUACUAGUUCAAGGCAAACAAGUUGUUUCAUUUACACAACUUCUAGAAGAUCAGAAUGCUAAAGAGAAGGACACCAUGGUGACCUUUGAAUGUGAGACGAACGAGCCAUUUGUGAAGGUCAAAUGGAUGAAGAACAAUGCAGAAAUUUUCUCAGGUGACAAAUACAGAAUGCACUCUGACAGAAAGGUGCACUUCUUGUCAGUGCUGAUCAUUUCUAUGAAUGACGAAGCAGAGUACAGUUGUGUGGUUAUUGACGAUGACCACAUAAGAACCAGUGCCUCACUUUAUGUUGAAGGUGCACCACUUGAAAUUGUAAAAAAUCUUGAGAAUACAGAAGUACCUGAGACAUACUCUGGAGAGUUUGAGUGUGUUUUGUCCCGUGAGGAUGCUGAAGGCACCUGGUAUUUUGAGAACAAAGAAAUCACUCCUAGCCUCAAAUAUGUUGUGUCUGCACGUCGUGGUCGUCAUAGUCUUUCUGUGAAAGAUGUUAGGAAGGAGGACCAGGGAAAAUACACUUUCAAAGUGGGAGAUCUUAAGACAAGUGCCUCCCUUAAGAUGAAAUUGCGCCCUGUGACUCUGAUGCAAGGUCUUUCUGACCUGACAAUCUGUGAGGGUGAUAUUGCCCAACUUGAGGUGCGAUUCUCUCAGGAAAAUGUUGAGGGCUCAUGGAUGAAGAAUGGCCAAGCCAUUUCUGCUUCCGAUAAGAUUCACUUGGUCAUUGACAAAGUCACCCAUAAGCUACUCAUUGAGGACGCCAGUAAGGAUGAUGCAGGAAUGUACUCAUUUGUUGUUCCUGCUCAGGAUAUUUCUACAAAUGGAAAGCUAACAGUUCAAACUAUUGGCUUCUUGGCGCCACUAAAGGAUGUUUCCACAGUGGAAGGCACUAAAGCUGUUCUUGAGGCUAAAAUCUCUGCUACUGAUAUAACUUCAGUGAAGUGGUUUCACAACGACAAACUGGUGACAGCAAGUGAUAGAGUCCAGAUGGUUGUCAAAGGAUCUAAACAGAGACUGGCUAUUAACAGGACCUACGCAUCAGAUGAAGGACAGUAUAAACUGAUUGCUGGCAAAGUAGACUCAACCUGUAAACUUUCUGUCCAGCCUGUAUCUAUUGUUAAGCACAUGGAAGAGCGUGUUUGCACUGAGACCCAGAAUGUCACAUUUGAAGUGGAGGUAUCUCAUCCUGGCAUUGAUGCUCUCUGGACUUUCAAGGGUCAACCUUUAAAGGCAGGUCCAAAGUACAAGAUUGAGAGCAAAGGUACACACUAUAGCCUCACUGUUUUGAAUGCCAUGAAGGAUGAGGAAGGAGAGUACAUGUUUAUGGCUGGUGAGAAGGAAUCUAGAGCAAGACUUAUUGUAUCAGGUGGUGCUAUAAAUAGGCCACUCCAUGAUGUGACUGUAGCAGAAUCCCAGACUGCUGAGCUGGAGUGUGAAGUUGCUAAUCCUACUACAGAAGGCAAAUGGCUUAAAGAUGGUCACCCUAUUGACUUCAGCGAUAAUAUCAUGAGUGAAAAUAAUGGUGCUGUCAGACGGCUUGUCAUCGUCAUCACCAGGCCACAGGAUGUUGGAGAGUACACCUACCAGGUGGCAAACUCCAAGACAUCUGGCAACUUGAAGGUUGAAGCUGUUAAAAUCAGGAAGACAAUGAAGAACCAAACUGUUACUGAAACCCAGGAGGCAGUGUUCAGUAUUGAACUCACCCAUUUAGAUGUGAAAGGAUCCCAGUGGAUCAAGAAUGGUGUUGAGAUUCAUCCAAGUGAUAAAUUUGAGAUAACUGUCCAAGGCAUGGUUCACACCCUGAAGAUCAAGAACUGUAACACCCAAGAUGAAUCAGUCUAUGGGUUCAAACUUGGAAAACUCUCUGCUAAUGCCAGACUUAAUGUUGAAACUAUCAAAAUUGUGAAAAAACCAAAGGAUGUGACGUCACUGCUGGGUGCCACUGCUUCAUUUGAGCUGAGUUUGUCCCAUGAUGACAUUCCAGUUCAGUGGAUGUUCAAUAAUCAGGAGCUUGCGCCAAGUACAAAUAUUAAAAUACUGUCUGAGAGGAAAGCCCACAAACUUAUCAUUCAGAGUGUUGAAGGUCGCAUGGCAGGUGAAUACAUUGCUGUGGUCGGGCAUCUGCAGUGCAGUGCACAUCUUCAAGUUGAAUAUUUGAGAGUUACCAAACCUUUGAAGAACAUUGAGGUUCCAGAGACCCAUGUGGCAACGUUUGAGUGUGAAGUUUCUCAUUUCAAUGUUCCAUCGAUCUGGCUGAAAAAUAGAGUUGAGAUUGAGAUGAGCGAGAAGUUUGGCAUUGUGGUGCAUGGCAAACUUCAUCAGCUGAAAGUCAUGAAUGCCAGUCAGGAGGAUACUUCAGAAUACACAUUUGUGUGUGGAAAUGACAAAGUGUCUGGUAACCUGACUGUAAAACCAAUUCUGAUCACAUCCAUGCUUCAAGACCUCAAUGCUAAAGAAAAAGACACGGUUACAUUUGAGGUGACCGUCAACUAUGAAGGCAUCACCUACAAAUGGCUGAAGAAUGGAGUAGAAAUCCGAUCCAGUGAUAGAUGCCAAACUCGCUGCAAACAGUUCACUCACUCCCUUACUAUUCGAAAUGUUCACUUUGGGGAUGGGGGAGACUACAAGUUUUUGGCUGGAUCUGCUGAAACAUCUGCAAAACUCUUUGUUGAUGCUCGCGUGAUUGAAUUCACCAAGCACAUUAAAGAUAUCAAGGUAACUGAGAAGAAGAAGGCUAUAUUUGAAUGUGAGCUCUCUGAACCCAACGUCCCUGUGAUGUGGAUGAAGGAUGGGCAGGAACUUGAGAUGUCUGAGAGAUUCAAAGCCACCACUGACAAAUUCCUGCAGCGUUUGAUGAUCCAGACAGUGCGCAUGUCUGAUGCUGGAGAAUACUCUGUGGUUGCUGGUGCAAGCGUUUCCAAGGCAAACCUCAUAGUGGAGGGCAAGGAUGUCCGCAUCUCUGAGCCUGCUGAGAAGGACAUCACUGUGGUUGAGAAACAGAGGGCUACAUUUGAAUUUGAAGUGAAUGAGGAUGACAUUGAAGGCCGCUGGCUGAAAAAUGGUGUAGAAAUUCAAUCUUUUGAUGAGCGCUUCAACUAUGUGACAGUUAGAAAGACACAUCGCUUGACAAUCACUGAAACUUACAGAAGUGAUGCUGGAGAAUACACUUUCAUUGCAGGAAAGAACAGGAGCACAGUCAAUCUGCAUGUCCAGAUCCCCGAGCCUCCUCAGAUCAUCAGGGACAUGGAGCCCUUGUCUGUUGAGGCUGGCAAACCUGCACGUUUCUCUGUGGAAGUGACAGGAAUUCCUCAGCCUCAGGUAUCCUGGUAUAAGAACUCUCAGGCACUGUCUUCUGGGUUCAAGUGUAAGUUCCUGAGGGAGGGAAAUGAGCACACAUUGCUGCUUAUCGAAGUCUUCCCAGAGGAUGCAGCUCAGUACACCUGUGAAGCUAAGAAUGACUAUGGAGUAGCCACAAGCUCUGCGUCACUUAAUGUGGAAGUUUCAGAAGUGGUUUCUCCAGACACGGUGGCUCCAGUUUCUCCACCAGUAAUUAUUACCUCAUUGCAAAAUACCUCUGCUGAAGAGGGAGAAUCAGCCAGAUUCCAGUGCCGUGUCUCUGGAGAUGAUCUGAAGAUUACCUGGUACUUCAGAGAUAAGGAAAUUGUGCAGUCUGACAACUUCAGAAUCUCUCAGUUUGAUGAUAGCUGCCAGCUUGAGAUCUCCAGAGCAUAUGUUGCAGAUGCAGGAGAAUACACAUGUGUUGCACGCAAUUCUGGGGGAAUGGUCUCUUGCUCUGCUGUUUUGAACGUCAAUGAUCUCAGUGUGAGAACAGUAGGUAGGCAAAGUGUUUCGAGCACUGGAUUGACUCAUUCGGAGAUGGUCUCCUCCCAGACCAUGAGUGAGACCUAUUCUUCCACUAUGCAAACUUUUGAAAGUGUCUCUACGGUGAUGAUGUCCACAACAUCUGUUAAAAGCAUUGAGGUCCAACAAGUUACCUCUGUGGAAGAAUAUUCUACAAGCCCCACUCUGACCCUGAAAAUGAAUGAUGUCAUUGUCAGCCUGGGUGAUGUGGCUCAGUUCAACUGUUCCUUCAGUGGACAACCAUUUACUGAAAUUAUCUGGGAUCAUAAUGGAAGGACAAUAACAAAUACAGAAAGGGUGCAGUAUGUACAACAAGGCGGGCUCAUUUCUCUCAUCAUACUCAAUGUCCAUCUUGGGGACCAGGGAAGUUACUGCUGUACUGUUAAAAAUAGAAAAGGUGAAAAUCGAACGUCUGCACAGCUCACAGUGGAAGCUAAAGAAGCGAACCCCAAAGAAACCCUCGUACCCUCCGAUUCUAUCAGUAAAUCUUCUAAAACUGAAAAUGAGUCAAGUAAAAAGGCCACUGACCAAGAAAAGCAGGAGUCCUUACAGAAUGUUGGAGCCCUGACAACAAAGUGGCAGAUAAGCCGACAUUACUAUCCUGAUGUUAUCCCUUUGUUGGAGCGUGACAUUUAUGAUGCAAUUCAGCCAGACUUUCUUGUGAAACUGUCCCCAGAAUUCCUUGCCAAACAAAGAGAGAGUGUUUCUCUUUAUUAUGUAAUCAAAGGAAGCCCCUCUCCAUUCGUUCUAUGGCUACACAACCAGUUGAAUGUUGAAGAGCCAAGGUCAUACUCCUUGAAACAUGAUGGGCCCUUGUGCUGCUUAAAUAUAAAGAAUAUUGGUUCUGAGCAAGGGGGCACACAUUCUUGCAAAGUUAUCAAUGCUGCGGGAGACAAAACAUGCAGCACUCAUCUCAGAGUGAAGACAGUGUCUAAAGUGGAUGAGGAGGCCAGUUAUGAAGAGGAAGCCAAAGUGUUUUCUACCUCGACUAUAUCAACUGAGGAGGAUUCUUGCGCAACAAGUCUUCAUCUAAAAGAAAAAAGCAAAACAUUUGAACUCCAGCCAGACUGUAAAUUAUUUUCAGAGCCAUUAGAGAAAAAGCCAGAAAAGCCAGUUUUUGUAACUAAAUUCUCAUCAGCAAUUGCAACUGUUGGAAACACAGCUAAGUUUACUGUGAUAGUUUCUGGAUUUCCUAGGCCAGUUAUUCAGUGGUAUCACAAUGGCCAAUUGAUACAGUCCUCAUCUUUUUAUACGUUUGUCCAAGAGAAGGAAGAACAUAGUCUUUUCAUUACUAACAUUACCAAAGAGUUGGAAGGAGAGUAUUCUUGCACUGCGAGCAACCGAUUUGGCAAGUCAACAUGUACAUCGUAUCUUCAUGUAAAGGUGAAGGACAUAAAGGAGCAGGAAAAGACUUUUGGGCAGCCUCCACAUUUCAUCAAAGCAAUUGAGCAUGUGAAGUAUGCAGCCGGUAGCCAUGCUCUCUUUGAAUACACCGUAGCAGGGGUUCCACUUCCUGAUGUUCAGUGGUACAGGGGCAGCAAUCAUAUGCAGCCUAGUAAGUACUGCAUCAUUGUGAACAACACAGAUGGGUCUGGCUAUUUAAAGAUAUUAGGCAUUCAGCAAAGCGACAGUGGUCUUUACUCUUGUAGAGCAUCUAAUCCUCUUGGAGAAACCUCUUGCAGUGCAGAACUCAUUGUAUUCUUGGAGACAUCUUCUGAAGCCACUGAAUCACGUUUGUAUAGUGUCAGUCUUCCAGAACAAGUCAGGACUAGCCUUCAGCAGGGACACCAGAUGGUUUACACCACUAGCACUGAAGACAGGCAAACUGUUACAAGUGAGCAGACCGAUACCUUGCAUGCUUUAGAUAUAUCUGCAGCCACUGUGCACUUGGAGCAGGUAACUCGCCAAGCUACAGUGAUUCAAUCUCAUGAUGUACAGGAGAGAGUAAAAGUUGCCCCUGCCCAGCCAAAGCCAGUGGUGGCAACUCCCCUGAAACAGCUGCAUAUGGCUGCAAUAACCUCUGCUGUUCAAGAAAAACAAGGCUUUACUGAGCAGCACUGUGAUCAGAUUGUUAGUCCAGAAGUACGAGAGCUUGAAUUGAGUGUUGAGGAGCCCUCAAACUUUAUGUCUGCCAUUUCAGAGAGUUCUACACCUCUUAGCAUAGUGAAAGCGAAGGAUUUGAUAAAAAGUGAAACAGAAAAGAUACAAACAACUUCAGAGCCAAAGUUUAUUGUUAGUGGUCCUCAAGUUGAAAUUAAGUUACCAAUUCUACAAGAAGAAUGCACAAAAAUUAAAAGUCCUGAAGAGGAGAAAAGCUACAGAGUUGCAGAAGGGGUUAAGUUAUUGUAUACUGCAAUAUCAUCAGAAAAUGUAGCACUUACAGAAGAUCAUAUUUCAGAGCUAGCAACUGUUGAGUCCAUUGAAUGUUUAGCAGAAAAAGAACAAGCCAAACCAGUGCUUACAUCAGUCAGUGAGACUAAGCACACUCUCUUAAAAGAAAACAACUUUGAAAUGCAUAGACCAGUCAAGGAAACUGCUCAGCUCUCUAAAGAACCAAUAUUAAAAUCAGCCCUGGUUACUGAAGAAAAGAACAAGCUUCAAGCUGACAAAACCACUGGCAUACCUAUACUGGAGCAUCCUUUUUCAGUCCAUUCCCAAAAAGAAGAGGAUCAGGUGCUUCAUUUACAGCUUAUAAGUGAUCAAGACACUCUUCUGUCUGAGGGCAGAUUUACUACUGAGAAGCCAGGUUUCGAGCAGGCGGAUGUCAAGCAUAUGCCAAUUCUUUUGCACACAGUUUCUUAUGAUGACCAGAAAACAGUUUUUUAUGAACAGGCAACACGGUUAGCAUCCAAGGAUACCACAAUUGUUAUAAAGCCUAGAGAAGAGGUUCCUGCCCGAAUACAUCUUCACUCAGUGCAGUCGAAAACCACUUUAUGUAAAGAAGGGUUACUUUCAGUCGAAAAGCCAGAUGAACAGAAAGCCAUCCAGAGACAAGAAAAAAAACGUAAAUUGGUAGCCACUAAAGAAGAACGUGUAGAACUAACUUCGGAUUAUGCCAAAGGUCUUGAUGUGAAGGUAGAAGGUCUUAAGAUUGAGCACAAAACAGAACCCAGACCCUUGAGUGUUCUUCAGGUAGUCUCACAGACUGUUCCGCUUUCGAAGGAAAGGCCUCUGGUCAGUGAAGUCAAGCCGCAUAGUGCAAUUGUGCAGAAAGAGGAUUGGUGGAAUAACAUGCAUGCAGCAUCUGUGUCAGAAUCUCAUUCAAUAGAAGAGGGUCUCACAGACAGUUUCAAAGCAGCUGAGAAAUUCACUUGCGAGACAGAUGUAGAAACGAAAGUACCGGUUCAGUCUCUUCAUGUAGAAGAAAAAGCCAUAUCAAUAGAAACUUUUGUUUCUCUUGAAGCAGCAGAGCAAGACUUUGCAGUUCAGAUCCAAGAAGGUCAGUCCGUAAGGCAGUCAGUACUCAUGGAGGAAAAACAUACUCUGACAGGUGAAAUGUCUCAUGGAUUUACUAAAUCAGAGGCAACUAAAAUAAACAUUACAACUCAGCCACUCGAACCUCUUUUAGUAAGUGAAUCGCAGGAAAGCAAAACUCUUCCAAAGGAACUUACCUUUGUAAUUCCUGUACCGAAAUCACACAGCUUGGACAUCAAACAACAGUUGGAAAUGACACUUCGAUGUGCUGUGGCUUGUGAGCAGUCUUUGCUUUUGGCAGAUGUAGUGAAAAAGUUAGAAGUCGUAGAAGUAAAGGAGGUCAAGGUGCAUAUGGAACCGAAAUACAUGAUGUUCACUUACCUUAUAACAACAGCUGGUCCACCCAUAGAAAUUACAAUUGCCUUCCAAGGUGAAUAUGCCCAGACAGCAACUCUUAAAAAUGAGCUUCAUGCAGCUUUCUACUCUAUGCUUAAUCAGGAGAAACCAGUCUUGACCUCCGAACAGUCAAACAUCUUAAAACUUGAUAGACCUGAGAGAUUGCAGGUUAGCAAAGCCACUCCAUAUUCAUUGUCCUCAGCAGUUUUAACAGAAAAUGUUGAAGUGUUUGCAACACCCAAAAUGCAGUCUGCUGCUCUGCAAAAAGAAGCUGAAGUCUCUUUCCAGUCUGCAAUAUCUCAAAAGAAAACUGCUAUCCAGGAGUUAAGGGACCAUGUGACUCAGAAGACUGUUGAAUCCAAAAUGGACAUUUAUAGUUUCGCUGAGACUGAACACAGGGAAAUUAAAACCGUUUCAGCUGAACAUUAUGAGAGAGUUGUGUGUGUUUCAGAUAUUACAGUUGAUGCCCCUCACAGGCAAGUCACUGUAGAAGAGCCAAUGGAUGUUCUUAUUCAAGAAGACAAACGAGAGGAAGUUUUAACAGAGGACGUUUUGACUAAGCAUUUGACAGAAAAGCUCUUUUUUGAAAUACUAUUAAAAGACAUAACUGCAGAGGAGAAUUCCAAGGUUACAUUGUCUGUGAGAGUAAAAGGUGUAAAAAGUGUAAACUGGCUUUUCAAUGGAGUAUUGAUCAAAUCUGGCAAAGAGUUCAAAUGUUUAAAGGAUCAUGAAUCUUACACACUAGUAAUCACCAAAGUUAUCAAGAUGAAACAUGAAGGUGAAUAUACCUGUGAGGCUGUGAGUGAAGCUGGCAAGAUAUCAUCAUCAUCAAGGCUCACUGUUGUCUCAAGAGCGCCUCCAGUUUUCAAGAAGAAGAUUUGUGACAUGCAGAGCAACAUCGGCAGCCCAGUGAAGUUUGAAUGUGAAAUUGAAGAGACACCCAAUGUGACCUUUAAGUGGUUCAAGUCUGGCUCAGAGAUUAGACAGAGUGACAAAUUCAGGAUCAUCAGCAGGCAAAGUACAUCAUCUCUAGAACUCCUCAACCCAACAAAGGAUGACGUUGGUGAAUACAGCUGUCGCGCUUCAAACAAGCACGGUAGUGACACCUGUUCUGCUAACCUGAGCUUCACUGCCUCAGAGCCUGCCCACUUUGUGAAGAAGUUGACAGACCUAUCUAUUCCAAUGAGCAAAAAACUAAGGCUUGAAUGCACAUUUACCGGAGCUCCAAAAAUGUUUAUCACGUGGUACAAGGAUGGCAAACAGCUCUAUGCUUCAUAUCGAUGCAACACCAAAGUUACAUCAAACUCCUGUAUCCUGGAGUGUCUGCAUGAGUGCAACAAUGAGACUACAGGAAGAUACUCGUGUGAAGUUUCAAACGUUUAUGGGACGGAUAUAUGUCAUGCACAAGUAGUAGCAGUUACAGAACCUGCCCGCUUUGUGAAGAAGUUGACGGAUCUCUCUAUUCCAAUGAGCAAAAAACUAAGGCUUGAAUGCACAUUUACCGGAGCUCCAAAAAUGUUUAUCACGUGGUACAAGGAUGGCAAACAGCUCUAUGCUUCAUAUCGAUACAACACCAAAGUUACAUCAAAUUCCUGUAUCCUGGAGUGUCUGCAUGAGUGCAACAAUGAGACUACAGGAAGAUACUCGUGUGAAGUUUCAAACGUUUAUGGGACGGAUAUAUGUCAUGCACAAGUAGUAGCAGUUACAGAACCUGCCUGCUUUGUGAAGAAGUUGACAGAUCUCCUUAUUCCAAUAAACAAAAAACUAAGACUUGAAUGCACAUUUACUGGAGCUUCAAAAAUGUUUGUCACUUGGUACAAGGAUGGCAAACAGCUCUAUGCUUCAUAUCGAUGCAACACCAAAGUUACAUCAAAUUUCUGUAUUCUGGAGUGUCUGCAUGAGUGCAACAAUGAGACUACAGGAAAAUACUCAUGUGAAGUUUCAAACAUUUAUGGAAUGGAUACAAGUCAUGCACAAGUAGUGGCAGUUACAAAGCCUGCCCGCUUUGUGAAGAGGUUGACAGACAUGGCUAUUCCACUCAGUCAGAAACUGAGACUUCAGUGUACAUUCACUGGAGCACCGAAGAUGUUUGUCACAUGGUACAAAGAUGGAAAGCAACUGUACACCUCAUACAGAUACAACACAAGGAUCAUUGACAACACUUGCAUCUUGGAAUGCCUCCACGAAUCUAACAAUGAAACACCCGGAAAAUACUCUUGUGAAGUAUCAAAUUCCUUUGGCACUGAUAUCUGUCAUGCCAAUAUAACUACAGUUACAGAACCUGCCCGUUUUGAACAGAAGCUUAAGGACAAAAAAGUUGCCAUGAGCAAAAAACUGAAGCUUGAGAGCACAUUUACUGGAGCUCCUAAAAUCUUUGUCACCUGGUACAAGGACGGCAAACAAAUAUAUGCCUCUUACAGAUACAAUACUCAAGUUGUUGGAAACACCUGCACUCUAGAAUGUCUACAUGAAUGCACAAAAGACACUCCUGGUAUAUACUCCUGUGCGGUGUCCAAUUCUUAUGGAAGUGAUAUCUGUCAUGCUGAAGUGACCACCGUUUCUGGACCUGCUCAUUUUAUGAAGAAGCUCACAAACCAGACUGUUCAGUGGGGACAAAAGUUGAGACUUGAAUGCUCCUUCACAGGAAUUGAAAAACUGUUUGUCACAUGGUACAAGGAUGACAAACAGGUCUAUGCUUCAUAUAGAUGCAACACAAAAGUAAUUGGAAAAACUUGCAUUUUGGAAUAUCUCCAUGAGUGUGAUGAGGAUACUCCUGGAAAAUAUUCUUGUGAGGUUACAAAUGAAGAUGGAUCAGAUAUUUGUCAUGCGCUGGUCACCCUUGCGACAGAGCGCAAAAUUCCACCAACUUUCACUAAGAAACCCUCCGAGCACAUUGAGGAUGCCGAGGGAAAAUUGGUGAAGCUUGAGGGUCGAGUAUCUGGGUCACAGCCUCUAUCUGUUAGCUGGUAUAAAGACAAUAGAGAAAUCGACACUUCUGACAUCUAUGACAUUUCCUUCAAGAGCAACACGGCUGUGAUGUGUCUCAAGAAAGCCACAGUCACAAACAGUGGUGUUUAUACAUGCAGCGCUUCUAAUGAAGCUGGCACUGUCUCCUUCCAGGUGGUGGUUAACAUCACAGAACAAAAAAGGCCACCGACUUUUGACAUUCCCCUUAAACAAGUGACAGUGAGUGAGGGAGAAAGGCUAAACCUUAGCUGCCAUGUCUGCGGGUCUCCCCCAAUGAAGAUUCAGUGGAUGAAGGACAGAAGGGAGGUCACAUCCUCUGCUAACACCGAGAUGAUAUUUGUGGAUGGCACAGCCACCCUGGAGAUAAACCAGACAUCCAAAACUGAUGCAGGAGAUUAUCUGUGCAAAGCAACCAACAGUGCUGGUAGUGAAUUCUCCAAGACCAAAGUCACAAUCAAAGAUAAAGCAGGUGCAGCACCUGCAACAGCACCGGCAGCCCCCACAGCACCUCAAACAGUUAAAAAACGGGAUAACUUGUUCUUCAUUGAGGAGCCCAAGAGCAUUCAUGUUGUUGAGAAGGGUACAGCUACCUUCAUUGCUAAAGCUGGUGGUGAUCCCAUUCCCAAUGUGAAAUGGAUGAAGGGCAAAUGGAGACAAAUGACUCAUGGUGGUCGCGUCAACAUUCAACAAAAAGGCCAAGAGGCCAAGCUAGAGAUCAAAGAGGUGACCAAAUCUGACUCUGGUCAGUACAGAUGUGUUGCUUCAAACAAACAUGGAGAAAUUGAGUGCAGCACGGACUUGAAUAUUAAUGAGAAGAAAGAGUCUGGACCAGAGGUGGUCAAACUGAAGAAGACUCCAUCAAAGCAGAAAAGUCCAAAGGAAGACAAAGACAUUGACAUUGUUGAGUUGCUAAGAAAUGUAGAUCCAAAAGAGUAUGAGAAAUAUGCUUGCAUGUAUGGAAUCACAGACUUCCGGGGUCUCCUUCAAGCUAUUGAGUUUCUGAAGAAGGAGAAGGGUGAAGAAAGUGGAAGACCGGAAAGUGAACAUGGAAGAGAAUAUGAUGAGGAUUUGGCUAAGCUUGUGUCUGAUUUGCAGAGGCGAAUGGAACACAGUGAACCUGUUACCCUGCUUAAAGACAUCACAGAUCAGACAACGCAAGUUAACAAAGAGGCAGUGUUUGAGUGUGAAAUUAAAAUCAACUAUCCAGAAAUUACACUGUCUUGGUAUAAAGAUACACAGAAGCUAGAAACUAGUGAUAAAUAUGACAUUAAACUCGUGGACGACUGUCAGAUAUUGAAGAUCAAGAACUGUCAGACCAGUGACCAGGGAAAUUACCGUGUCGUUUGUGGGCCACAUAUAUCCAGUGCCAAACUGACAGUGUUGGAGAGUCAAGAUCAUGUGCAGAAACCAUCAUCUGCUGAUCAAAUUCAAUUCACCAAGCGCAUUCAAAAUAUUGAGGUGAAUGAGCGUCAGUCUGCCACUUUUGAGUGCGAGUUGUCUUUUGACAAUGCGGUCGUCACCUGGUAUAAAGAUGCAUGGGAGCUUAAAGAAAGCCCAAAAUAUACCUUCAAGUGUGAGGGACAAAGGCACUUUAUGAUCAUCCAUAACGUUACGUCUGACGAUGAAGGCGUGUACUCUGUGAUCGCGCGCCUGGAGCCUGUUGGUGAAACUAAAAGUACAGCUGAGCUUUAUCUGUCAGGAAAAGAAUUUGAAAUAAGAACAUGUUCUUUUGAUGUUCUAGAUACAUCGAUGCAUGUGCCAGAUGUGUCAUCUGUGAUUAGUUUUAAAGAAGAAUCUUCAGAAUUUCAUUAUGAAGAGAAGUUUGAAAUAACAGAGUGUCAGAACUGGACAGUUCAAGAGGAGAGUGUUACUUAUGAGUUCUCUUCACUGCAAGAGUUGAAGAAACCCAUUGAGGAGACUGUAACGAAACAUGUAGUGAAAAGGACAGAGGAGGUCCCUAUGAAAGUUAUGAAGCAACCAGAAGAGAAAACUGAAACAUCCUUUGUACAGCCUCCAGUUCCUGAGAAAGAACCUGAAGUCAAGAAGCCUGUUGAGGAAAAAGUAACAUCUGUCAAGGUGACAGAGCAAAAAGAACAACCCACACGCAAAGAGCCUAAACCUCAGGUGCUAGCAGAACCAAAGGCUACAGUGGCUGAACCCAAGUCUGAGCCAAAAGCUCUACCCAAACCUGAGCCCACGCCUGAGCCCAAGCCUGAGCCAAAAACUCUACCGAAACCUGAGCCCAUGCCUGUGCCCAAGCCUGAGCCAAAAGCUCUACUAAAACCUGAGCCCAAGCCUGAGCCAAAAGCUACACCAAAGCCUGAGUCUGAACCUAAGCCUGCAGUUGCAAAGAAAGUUGAGGCACCUUCUGUCAAAGCACCUGAAGCUCCAAAAAAGCCAGAAGCUGCACCUCAACCAUCCUUAGACAUUAAAAAAGAUCAGGCUUUAACUCCAAAGCCAGGCACUACUCAAAUAAAAGCUUUUGUGGAGAUCAAGGAAAUAGAAGCACCAAAAGUAAAGCUAGAAAGAAAACCAGAGCCUGCACAUGCUGCCACUGAGCCACCAAAGAAAGACGUCUCUACACUACUACCAGAUGAAUCUAUCAAAGAUCAUUUGCCUGCCCACUCUGAGCCAUCAAGUGUAGAGCCAGCUAGUCAGCUUAAAACUACACAAAGCCAGCCUCCUGAACCAGUUAGAAAACAAGUAGUCACAGCUUCACCAGAAGUUAUAGUUGAACAAACAAGGAAACAACCUCCCCAAGAAGUUUUCAAAGCAGAGCCAGAGUCUUCAGCCAAACCUUCAGAGCCACCUCAAACAGAUCAAGCUAAAAAGCAAGUGCCAUCAAAGAGUGAGCCAACCCCUAAAAUCAGUGAGCCAGCACUUGCUCACAAAAAGGAGGUGGUUGAAGUAAAGGCUGCAGAACUGCCAUCUGAGAAAAAGCCUGUGACUAAAGCUAAAAUGGAGACUGAGAUUCCCUCAGCCAAAGUCUUUGCAGCUUCUGAGAAGAAAACUGACCAAUUUCCUCAUACAGUGGAAGUAACUCAGAAGAUUUCCAUGGAGGAAAUGUUUUUGAAGGAGGAAAUUGUGGAAGAGAGUGAAAGCUUGCCACAUCAACCUGAGGAAAUUUUGUCUUAUCAAGAGCAUAUUAUAAGGAUGGAUGUGAGUCAUCACAGUAGAGAAUCAGCUGCUGAAGAUGUAAAGAUAAUUAAAACAGAGGUUUCCCAGAGGCCAGAAUCCUCUUUUGAGCUGAAAAAAACAAAGGAGAUACCUGAGAUGAAGUGGUCAAAACAAGAAAUGCACACUGAGAAAAAGGAAAGGAAAUUAGAGAUGUCCAAUGUUGAAACAUUUCCAGAAGCUGUGGUGGUACUUGGCAUUGAGACACCUCAGAAAAGGCAAGACAUUAUGCCAGAUAAAAAGAAAACAUCUGAAGAUAUGCCUCUACAAAAUAGAGAUGACACCCCUAGAAAAGAGCUGGCCAUUCAGAGAGAAAUAGAUGUUCACAAGAAAGAGUCUAUUCACUUACAGCAGUCUGUUCAUGAAAACAAGCGAUCACAUGAGGAAACCCCUCAGAAAUUACCAGAGACAACACCAAUAAUAAAACCAGAAGAAAAGGGAACUAUGUUAAAGGAAGUGCGUAAAGCACUUGAAAGAGACAAGAAGACCCAGGCUGUUACAACAACUGUGACAGAAGUUGUUUCUCCUGCAAAAGAACCAGAAUUAGUGAAGAAACCUGAACCAGAAGUCCCAAAGCCAACUGUGGCUCCAGCUGAACAGAAAAUAUCGCCUCCAUCAAAAGAGCCAACUGUUGAAAGGAAAACAUCACCUGAGGCACCAAAGCCAAUUGUGACCCCAGUUGAACAGAAAAUAUUGCCUCCUUCAAAAGAGCCAACUGUUGAAAAGAAACCAGUUCCUGAAGUACCAAAGCCAACUGUGGCUCCAGUAGAACAGAAAAUAGUAUCUCCUCCAAAAGUGCCAACUGUUGAAAAGACACCAUCUCCUGUGGCACCAGAGCCAACAGCAACUCCAAUUGAACAGAAAGUCAAUCCUCCCACAGAUGCAGAAAAGGGCCCUGUUACAGCUCCUGGACCUGCUGGCAAAGAAACAACUAGCACCACACAAGCACUUCUUAAACAAAAGAGUAAAAUUCACAUCAAGAAAGAGGAAAAACUGGACAUGCCAACCGUAAAGAAAGUAACAAGAAGAUCAAAAGAACAUCCGGAAGAUCAUGAAGUUAUAUCACUUAAGAAAGUUGGCAAGAUUCUGUGUGAAGAACCACCAACAGAAGAGGGACCACUUCUCCGGAAAGUUGAGAAAACUGAAAUAGUUGGAGAGGAGAUGGUGUAUUCAAAGGCUGUUACUGAAAUCAAACUCACCAGCAGCUAUGAAGUCACAGAAGAUACUUGGUCAUAUGAAACUGCUACAAAAACAGAGAAAAUAUCUAAAGGGGAGAAAAAGAAGACAGAACAAUACAAGGAUGUGAGGUCUCCCUCACAAGGGAAAACGAUUGCUCCUGAAAUUGGUGGAAGAGUAGAAGAAAAUAAGGGUAAACAAGGAAGUACAAUUCCAAUGGAAGAUGAACCUAAGAUACCUCUGAAAAAGGCAACUAAGUCAAUAUCAACUGAGAAAGAACAGGAAACUGUAAAAUUAAAACCUGUCGAAAAAUUAGAUAAGGUUGUUGUAGGUCCCCAGAAAGACAGCAACAUAGACAGGAGCAAAGAUAGUAUUGGUGUCCAAAAACAUGAAAGGCUUAUAAAGGAUGAGUCUGUUUCAAAAAAGAAGGAAAUAGAUGCGACACCUACAGAUCAAAAAACUAAAGAACCCAUAGUUCCAAAUCCUUUUGUGGCUAAAGAUGAAAUCUCCAAAGAACCUGAGAAAUUUCCAAAGGAAGCAAAGAGAAUUCUACCACAUGAUGAGAAGCCAGAAACUGUUACUCUGAAACCAUUUUCCAAAGAAUUUCAUGCUGAUGUAGCCACUGACAUGGUUCCUCAAGAGCAAACUGAGAAAAAGCCUGUAGACAUUAAGCGUCCAGAGAGACCGGAAACGACACAUAUCAUGAAGGACCCUCACAUCCAGGUAAAAGAACCAGGAAAAAGUGAAAAAACAUAUGAAGAGGCUGAAAAGAUCAGAAAGCUAGAGUCACCCCAUGAGUAUCAGCCCAUGAAGAGUACUACUACUCCAGAAAAGACCCAGGAAGGUUCCAAAGAAGAGGGGAAGGGAAUAACUAAAAAACUUAUUAUUCCAAUGGAUGAAAUGAGAAAAGAAGAGGUAUUGUUGAAACCUGUAGAAGGAAAAAUAAUUGCAGAGAAAACUCCUUCACCAAAGGUAUAUAAACCUAGUCUUCAAAUCUCUCCACUGGCUAAAAAGAGUCCAAAAGAGGAAGAUAAACCAGCAAUGGCAAAACAAUUUGGUCUUUCACCAAAGGAAAUGGAGAGAGAAGAGGAAAUAUCAUUGAAGCCUACAGAACCUGCAGGGCUAAAAAAGACUCUGUCACCAAAAGUGGGCAUACAAAAACCUAAACCCACUGAAUCCAUUCCAAUGGAAAGAAAGUCUAGUGCAAAAUCACCCAAGAAGAUUUCACCAAAAGAUUCACUUGAGUCUGUAAUUCUAAAGAAGGUCUCAAAGACAGUCUCCCCCAAAGAAGAAAAGACUACUCAGGAACCUCCCUUUAAAAUGACUGAAGACAAACUGCCAAUGGUAAAGGAGUUGUCUCCUAGUGUUUUGCAUCUACAAAAGAUUCCUACACAGCAAGAGGAGGUAUUAUAUGAGCAAGAGCAGGAGGUGGUGGAUGGUGAAGAAGAAGAAACUUGGGGAUGGGAACUUGCUCCUAGGGACAGUUAUGGAUCCGAAACCUUUGAUGACACCUUGGAGGAUGGAGCUGUUGAAACCCCAGGAAUGGGUGACAAGAAAGAUGGAAAACCAAAGGAGGAGCCAGCUCCAGGCAGAGGCAGAGGACUUAGACCAAGACAAACUCCAUCUCCUGGUGAUGCUGGAAGGGGUAGAGGGCUGAAACCUGGUGGUGGAGGUGACAAGCCUCCAGGAGAAUCACCAUUUGGUUUCCAGCUCAAAGCUGUCCCCUUGAAGUUUGUGAAGGAGCUCCAAGACAUUGUGUUACAGGAGGCUGAGUCCAUUGGCUCCUCUGCUGUAUUUGAGUGCCAUAUCUCUCCAUCUACUGCUAUCACCACCUGGAUGAAAGAUGGAAGCAAUCUAAGGGAGAGUCCAAAGCACAAAUUCACAUCUGAUGGAAAAGACCGCAAACUGGCUAUCAUUGAUGUUCAGCUUUCAGACACUGGAGAGUACACAUGUGUUGCAAAGCUUGGCAACAAGGAGAAGACCUCAACAGCUAAACUUGUUGUAGAAGAAUUACCUGUGAAAUUCACAAAGAAUCUGGAAGAAGAGACCUCCGUGCUUAAGGGCCAGCCAAUGUAUUUGACCUGUGAGUUGAGCAAGGACAGAGAUGUGGUCUGGAAGAAGAACGGACAAGAGAUAAAGGAAAUUCCUGGCAAAAUUCAAAUCAAUGUUAUUGGGCUACAGCGUGCCAUCACAAUCCAGGAUGCGAAUGAUGAUGAUGCUGGUGUUUACACAUGCGAGUGUGAAAACAUCAAAACUCAAACUAAUGUCAAGGUUAUUGAAAUUGUUAGAGACUGGUUAGUGAAACCUUUGCGGGACCAGCAUGUGAAACCUAAGGCCACUGCUGCAUUCAAAGGCGAGCUCUUCAAGGACACCCCUAACUGGAAGUGGUACAAGGGUAACGAUGAAAUCCCUAAUGAGCCUACAGAUAAGACUGAGGUGAAGAAGGAGGGUAAAGAUAUCUCUCUUACAAUUAAAAAUGCCCAGCCUGAUGACAUCGCUGAGUACGCUGUGGAGGUUGAAGGCCGCAGAUAUGCAGCAAAACUAACACUUGGAGAGCGUGAAGCUGAGAUCUUGAAGCCUCUUGCUAGUGUAGAGGUGGUUGAGAAAACGGAGGCCAACUUUGAUACUGAAAUUUCAGAGGAUGAUGUGCCUGGAGAAUGGAAACUUAAAGGACAGGUUCUGACAAGAUCACCGACAUGUGACAUCAGAUCUGAGGGAACAAAACGAUUCCUUACUAUCAAAAACAUUCAGCUUGAUCAAGCUGGUGAAGUUACAUACCAAGCUCUGAAUGCUGUGACAAGUGCUAUGCUCACAGUAAAAGAGUUGGAAAUGGAGUUCACAGUCCCUUUGAAGGAUGUUACUGUGUAUGAAAAGAAACAGGCAAAGUUUGAGUGCUCCAUCAAUAAGGAUGUGCCUAAAGUGAUUUGGCUUAAGGGUUCUGAUAUUGUUACACAAGGAAAUAAGUAUGAAAUCAUUGAUGACGGAAAGAAACACAUACUCAUUAUAAAUAACUGUGGCUUUGAGGAUGAGGGUGAAUACAGUAUUGAGGUCUUGGGCAAAUCAUCAAAAGCAAAACUGAUGGUAGAGGGUAUGAGGCUGAACUUCACCUCAACAUUAAAGGACCUAACUGUGAAGGAAGGUAAAACAGCUUUAUUUGAGCUUGAACUCUCUCAUGAGAAUGUCGCCGUGACAUGGUACAAAAAUGAAAUAAAAGUGCACCCAAGCAGAACCGUGUUCACCAGCGUGGUGGGAAGGAAACAUAUACUAGAAAUUAAGGAAGUAUCACUAGAUGAUACUUGCCUAAUAAAAGCAGAGGCUAAAGGAAUAUCCACGAUGGCUAAACUGCUCGUAAUAGAGGGUGAUGCAAAUUUCACCACCAAGUUGCAAGAUUACACCGCAGUUGAAAAAGAUGAAGUCACAUUUGACUGCGAGCUCAGUAGAGAUGUUCCUGUGAAAUGGUUCAAGAAUGAAAUUGAAAUUAAAGCCUCCAAGAUGGUGACCAUGAAAGUUGAAGGCAAACGAAGAAUACUCAAUCUUAAGAAAGUUGAGAACAAAGACAAAGGAUUAUAUGUUUGCGACUGUGGAACAGACAAGACUUCGGCCAACUUGAACAUUGAAGCUCGUGACAUCAAAGUGGUGCGACCCAUGUAUGGUGUUGAGCUCUUUGAUGGUGAGACGGCUCGUUUUGAGGUGGAAAUCUCUGAAGAUGAUGUCCAUGGCCAAUGGAAACUGAAGGGCGAAGUCUUGUCCUCUUCACCUGAUGUUGAGAUUAUUGAGGAUGGUGCAAAACACACAUUAACACUCUUCAACUGCAAAGUUUCCCAAUCUGGAGAGGUGGUCUUCCAGGGAGCGAAUGCUAAGUGUUCUGCAAAUCUUAAAGUGAAAGAUUUGCCCAUUUCUUUUGUAAUGCCUUUGAACGAUGUACAAGUCUAUGAGAAAGAUGAUGCAAGAUUUGAAAUUGAACUGUCAAGAGAGGCUAAGGUCGUCCGUUGGCUAAAGGGAUCUCAGGAGUUGAAGGCUGACGAAAAGUUUGAAAUCCUCGCAGAAAGGAAAAGACACAUUUUAGUGGUCAAAUCUGCUGCCUAUGAGGAUGAGGCUAAGUACAUGUUUGAGGCUGAGGACAAGAGGACAUCAGCCAAACUUGUUAUUCAGGGUAUCCGUCUUGAGUUUGUCAGACCCAUUAAAGAUGUCACCGUUAAAGAGCGUGAGACUGCAGAAUUCAGGAUUGAACUCUCUCAUGAGAAGAUUCAAGUCACCUGGUACAAGAAUGAUGUGCGUUUGCAUCCAAGCAAAGUGGUGCACUUGUCCGAGGAUGGCAAGAUCCAUACUCUGUCCUUCAAAGAGGUGUCUAUUGAUGACACUUCUCUAAUUAAAGUUGAGGCCCUUGGUAAAAGCUCUGAAGCAAUGCUCACUGUGCUUGAGGGAGAAGCUUACUUCACCACCAAGUUACAGGACUACACUGCAGUUGAGAAGGAUGAGGUUGUCCUGAUGUGCGAAGUGAGCAAAUCAUCUGCUCAGGUGAAAUGGUUGAAAGACGGCAAGGAAAUCACUCCCUCUAAGAACGUCCUCAUCAAGGCUGAUGGAAAGAAACGUAUCCUGACAGUGAAGAAGGCAGAGAAGGCCAACAUUGGUGAAUAUGUGUGCGACUGUGUCUCUGACAAAACAGCUGCUAAGCUCAACAUUGAAGAACGUGAUAUUAAAAUGGUCCGUCCACUGUACAGCGUGGAGGUCACAGAGACAGAGACUGCUCGCUUUGAGACAGAAAUCUCUGAGGAGGAUGUUCAUGGUAACUGGAAACUCAAAGAAGAUGCCCUGCACCAGUCUGCCGACUGUGAAAUUAAGGAGGAAGGCACCAAGCACAUGCUUAUCCUUUACAAUGUUCGCAUGGAUAUGGCUGGUGGUGUGGACUUCAGUGCUGCUAACGCUAAAUCAAGUGCUCAGCUCAGAGUUAAAGCACGCACAAUUGGCCUCCUGCGACCUCUGCGGGAUGUCACUGUCACUGCUGGAGAGACUGCUACCUUUGACUGUGAGCUCUCAUAUGAAGAUAUUCCGGUUGAAUGGUUCGUUGGCCCAACAAAGAUGGAGCCAAGUGACAGGGUGGUCACCAGAGCAGAAGGAAGACUGCAUUCUCUGACUGUAAGAGAUGUCAAGAUGACAGAGGCUGGGGAAGUGAAACUUACUGCAAAGGACUUUGUGACCCAGGCCAAACUUACUGUGAAUGAGCCACCAGUUGAGUUCACCAAGCCCUUGGAGGACCAGAAUGUUGAGGAGGAAGCCACAGCCAUUCUGGAGUGUGAACUGUCCAGGGAGAAGGCUGACGUGAAGUGGUUCAGAGACGGACAGGAAAUCCGUAAAACCAAGAAGUAUGAGAUGGUGGCUGAGGGACGCAUAAGGAGACUGAUCAUCAAGGACUGUAGCCUUGAUGAUUCCAAGACAUAUACCUGUGAUGCAAAGGAGUUCAAGACAUCUGCUUUCUUAAAUGUUCGCUGGUUCAAAGAUGGCGCUGAGAUCAGAAGAGGCAAAAAGUAUGAGAUUAUUGCCAAGGGAUUACAGCGUAUUCUCAUCAUCAGCAAGGCAGUAUUUGAUGAUGAAGCAGAAUAUGAAUGUGAUGCAAGGACAUCCAAAUCCUCUGGAAUGCUGACAGUUGUCGAGGAGGAAGAUAGAUUCACAAAGAACCUGUCCAAUGUUGAGGGCACAGAAACCGACAGUAUUAAGAUGAUUUGUGAGGUCUCCAAACCCAGUGCGGAGGUUACAUGGUACAAGGGUGACCAGGAGAUCCCAGAGGGUGGUAGAUAUGAACAUGUUGCAGAUGGGAGAAAGAGAAUUCUCAUUAUACAGGACCUGCGUAUGGAUGAUGCUGGCGAGUACCAGUGCAAACUGCCUGCUUCAGAAACAAAAGGAACUCUAAAGAUCAGUGAAUUGGCAGCUGAGUUCAUUGCCAGGCCCCAAAACCAAGAGGCUGUUGAGGGCGAAAAGGCUGAGUUUGUUUGCUCAGUGUCUAAGGAAAAUUAUGAAGUCAAAUGGUUCAAAGGAGACAAAGAACUUACAACUGAUGAUAAGUAUGAAAUUGUCAGUGAUGGCAAGAGGAGGGCACUCAUUGUCAAAAACUGCGAGGUAAAAGAUGAGGGUGCAUUCACUGCCCACAUUGGCUCUGUAAAGGCUUCAGCAGACUUGUUGGUGAUUGAAAAACUGAGGAUAAUCACUCCCAUCAAGGAUACCCAAGUAAAGGAAGGACAAGAGAUUGUUCUUAACUGCGAGGUGAACUCAGAGGGAGCUAAAGCCAAAUGGCUGAAGAACAAUGAGACAAUGUUUGAGAGCAGCAAGUUUGUCAUGGUUCAGAGAGACACUGUGUUCUCUCUGAGAAUAAAAGCUGCAGAGAAGUCAGAUAAAGCCAGCUAUACCAUUACACUGACUAACCAACGCGGAGAGCAGGACAAGUGCUCUGCUAACGUCAUUGUACUAGAGGAAGCCCUCAAGAUCAUUGAGCCACUAGAGGACUGUGAAAUAGAGGAAAAGAAGACCAUUACUUUCGCUUGCAAAGUGAACAGACCUAAUGUGACAGUCCAGUGGAUGAAGGCCGGUCAAGAGAUCACUUUCAGCAAACGCAUUCUGUAUCGUGUGGACAAGGACAAGCACGCUCUGACCAUUAAGGACUGCAGCCUUGCAGAUGAGGGUGAAUACAGUGUAGUUGCUGGCACGGAUAAGUCCACAGCAGAACUGAUCAUUAGUGAGGCACCCACUGACUUCACCGCUCAGCUCAGAGAUCAAACCAUCACUGAAUUUGAGGAUGCCGAGUUCACUUGCAAAUUAUCUAAAGAAAAAGCCCAUGUUAAAUGGUACAGGAACGGACGUGAAAUCAGAGAAGGACCAAGACAUCAUAUGGAAAAAGAUGGAAAAGAAUGCAAGCUUGUAAUCAAAGAGUGCAGACCAGAUGAUGAAUGUGAAUAUGCCUGUGGAGUGGAAGACAAAAGGACAAGGGCAUGUCUCUUUGUUGAAGAGAUUCCAGUGGAAAUUGUCAGGCCACCCACAGAUGUAUUUGAGCCUCCAAGAUCAGAUAUUGUGUUUGAGGCUGAACUAAAUAAGGACAGAGUUGAGGUCAAAUGGAUGAGGAACAACAUGAUCAUUGUCCAGGGUGACAAAUACCAGAUGAUCAGUGAGGGCAAAGUUCAUAGAUUGCAGGUCUGUGAGAUCAGGCCCCGUGAUCAGGGAGAAUACAGAAUUGUUGCCAAGGAGAAGGAUGCCAGAGCCAAGCUUGAGCUUGCAGCUAUUCCAAAGAUCAAGACUACAGAUCAGAACCUUGUAACAGAUGCUGGAAAGCCUUUUGUCAUGACGGUACCCUAUGAUGCUUAUCCUCGUGCUGAGGCAGAAUGGUUUUACCAUGACAUCAGCCUACCUGGGCAAAACAUUGACACAUCCAAUGAAAGGACAGAGUACAGGCUGAAGGACCCUAAGAAGUCAGACCAGGGUCGUUACAAGAUUGUCAUCAAGAACAAACAUGGAACAGGAGAGGCUUUCAUUAAUCUCGAUGUCAUUGAUGUUCCGGGACCUGUGAAGAACCUGCAUGUUGUUGACACUGCUGAUGGUGAGGUAAGCCUUGCUUGGGAAGAACCUGAAAGUGAUGGUGGAAGCAAGAUCUUGGCUUAUGUGGUUGAGAGACGAGACGUCAAACGCAAGACCUGGACAAUGGCCACAGACCGUGCCGACAUUCCAGAGUACUGUGUUGGUGGAUUGCAGAGAGACAACAUGUAUUUCUUCCGUGUAUGUGCUCGCAAUAGAGUUGGAAAUGGAGAAACCGUUACUACUGAUGAGGCUGUUCAAGCCAAAAACAAAUUUGAUGUGCCUGAUGCACCUCAGAAGGUUAUGGUUGGAGUUGUCAAUCGGUUUGGUGCCACAGUUUCCUGGGAACCACCACUUUUUGAUGGGGGAUCUGAGAUCACAUCUUAUAUCAUUGAACUACGCGACAGAACCUCUGUGAAAUGGGAGCCUGCUAUGGUGGUCAAAGCUGAGGAUCGCACAGCCACACUCAAUGAUGUUGUUGAAAACAAGGAGUACAUCUUUAGGGUCAGUGCUGAGAACAAAGCUGGAAUUGGCCAGCCAAGCGCUGCCACAGAUCCAGUGAAGAUCAUGGAUCCCAUUGAGAGGCCAAGUCCACCUCUAAACUUCAACUACACAAAUCAGACCAAAGACUCAGUUCAGCUGUCAUGGGAAACACCCAUCAGCAAUGGAGGCAGUAUGAUUACAGGCUACAUCAUUGAGAAGUGUGAGGAUGGUUCUGACAAGUGGCUGAGAUGUAACGCUAGGCUUUGCCCUGACCUUUACUACAGGGUUUCUGGACUUAAGUUUGGUCAGAAGUAUCACUACAGAGUAUGUGCAGAAAAUGCUGCUGGCAUUUCUGAUCCAGCUGAUGCAAUUGGGCCACUUUUGGCUGACGAUCCUCAUGUGGGUCCCACCAUGGACCUCAGUGGGUUCAAGAAUGGUCUAGAAGUCAUUGUUCCCAAUGCUUUUGUCAUCCGAGCUCCCAUUACGGGAUAUCCUGUGCCAAAACCCAAGUGGACAUUUGGUGACAAAGAGCUCACUGCAGGUGACCGUGUUUCCAUGGUUACAAAGCCUACAUACACCGAACUGAUUGUUGCUCCAAGUGUGCGUCCAGACAAAGGAACGUACACAUUACAAUUGGAGAAUGAUGUGACAUCUGUCUCUGGAGAGAUCGAAGUCAAUGUUAUUGCAUGUCCAAGUGCACCCAAAGACUUCAAAGUUGCAGAGGUGACCAGACAUCAUGUGCAUCUAAUGUGGGAAGCACCAGAUUAUGAUGGAGGCAGCCCUGUAAGUGGGUACAAUGUAGAGAAAAGAGAGGUUUCCCGCAAGACCUGGGUUAAGGUGAUGUCAGGCGUACAGGACUUCGAGUACACUGUCACAGAUGUCAUUGAGGGCAAGGAGUACCUGUUCAGUGUUAUUGCUUACAACAAAUGUGGACCAGGAGAGCCAGCAUACAUUGAUGAACCCGUGAAUGUGUCCUCCCCAGCCACUGUGCCUGACCCUCCUGAGAACCUGAAAUGGAGAGACAAAUCAGCAAAGAGCAUCUUCCUGCUCUGGGAACCUCCCAGAUAUGAUGGUGGUGCUACUGUCAAGGGCUACAUUGUUGAUAAAUGCCAGCGUGGCACUGACAAAUGGGAAGCCUGUGGAGAUCCCAUACCUGAACUUAAGUUCCAGGUGACUGGUCUUACUGAAGGUCAGUGGUAUGCCUACCGUGUAAGAGCAGUGAACAGACUUGGAGCCAGCCGACCAUGCAAGGCUACAGAUGAGAUACUGGCUGUAGAUCCUAAAGAGCCACCAGAAAUCCAGCUGGAUGUAAAGCUUCUAGCAGGCUUAACGGCUAGGGCUGGCACUAAGAUUGACCUGCCUGUUGAUGUGCUUGGCAAGCCAGAGCCAAGAGUAAAAUGGACAAAGGCUGACCAUGUCCUGAAACCAGAUGAUAGGAUUACCAUCGACACAAAACCUGGCCAUUCCACACUUUCCAUUACAAACACAACCAGAUCUGACACAGCCACCUAUAUCAUUGAGGCAGUCAACACUAGUGGCCGUGCCACUGCAACUGUUGAUGUCAACAUUCUUGACAAACCUGGCCCUCCAGCUGCUUUUGAUAUCUCUGAAAUCACCAAUGAAUCCUGCUGUCUGGCCUGGAAUGCCCCCAGAGAUGAUGGUGGCUCACCAGUAACCAAUUACAUUGUGGAGAUGAGACCCACAGAUAAAGAAGAGUGGCAGAAACUGUCUGCUACAAUCAAACAAACUGUUUUCAAAGCCUCCAAACUCAUUCCCAUGAAGGAGUAUGUCUUUAGAGUAUCUGCUGAGAACCAGUAUGGCAUUGGGACACCUGCAGAGCAUGUGCCUAUUGUUGCAAAGUAUUCAUUUGAUACUCCUGGGGCACCAACCAGGGUUCAGCCUUCUGAUAUCACAAAGGAUGCUGUAACUCUGACUUGGUAUGAGCCUGAUGAAGACGGUGGAAGCCCCAUCACUGGUUACUGGGUUGAGAGGUUUGAUCCGGAGACUGACAAAUGGAUCAGAUGUAACAAGCUGCCAGUUAAGGACACAUCGUACAGGGUGAAAGGUUUGCCAACAAAGAAGAAGUACAAGUUCCGUGUUUUGGCUGAGAAUCUUGCAGGACCAGGAAAGCCAAGUGCUGAGACUGACCCAGUUUUGAUUAAAGACCCAAUUGAUCCUCCUUGGGCUCCUGGGAAACCAUUCAUCAAAGACACUGCCAAGACUUCAGCAGACCUGCAGUGGACCAGACCUGAGCAUGAUGGCGGGGCUAAGAUUGAGUCCUACAUAAUUGAGCUUCAAAAGAGUGGAACUGAGGAAUGGGUUCGUGUAGCGGAGGAUGUGCCAACAACAGAGCAUUUAUUGAAGGGUCUGAUGGAGAUGCAGGAGUAUUCUUUCAGAGUCAAAGCCGUCAAUGUUGCUGGAGAGAGUGAACCCAGUGACCCAAGUGACCCUGUUGUCUGCAAAGAGAGACUCUAUCCUCCAAAUGCCCCACGCUGGCUUGAGGUGGUUAACAUUACUAAAAUCAACUGUGACCUGAAAUGGACUGAACCAGAUAGUGAUGGUGGCUCUCCAAUUACCAACUAUGUUGUUGAGAAGAGAGACGUCAGACGCAGAGCCUGGCAGGCUGUGGAUACCACAGUGAAAGAAACCAAGUAUACUGUCACGCCACUGAAUGAAGGCUCUCUUUAUGUGUUCCGUGUUGCUGCUGAGAAUGCAGUUGGUGUAAGCGAGUUCUGUGAACUAGAGGACUCUGUUUUGGCCAAGGACACUUUCACAACCCCUGGACCACCCUACGCUUUGACUGUUGUUGAGGUGUCCAAGAGACAUGUUGACCUGAAAUGGGAGCCACCCAGUAGUGAUGGUGGAAGACCCAUAACCAAGUAUGUUAUUGAGAAGAAAGAGAAGGUAGGCACGCGCUGGGUGAAGUCUGGAAAGACAUCUGGCCCUGAAUGCAAGUACAAGGUGACUGAUGUUGAUGAAGGCUCUGAGGUACAGUUCCAGGUCCGUGCUGAGAAUGAAGCUGGAGUUGGUGACCCAAGUGAACCUACUGUUAUCAUGACCAUUGAGGAUCCCAUAAGUCCACCUUCUCCUCCGCUUGAAGUCAAGAUUGUUGAUGCCAGCAGAGAGCACAUCAACAUUACAUGGAAAGCUCCAGAAAAGAAUGGUGGAAGUCCAGUCACAGGCUACCAUGUUGAGCUGUCAGAAGCUGGAACUGAGAAGUGGAUGAGGAUUAAUGCUCGUCCUGUCAAAGAGCUCAGGUUUAAGGCUGAGGAAGGCAUCAUUCCUGAGAAAAAAUAUGUUCUUAGAGUUCGUGCUAUCAAUGCUAUUGGAGUCAGUGAUCCCUCUGAAAUUUCAGAGGGUGUCUUUGCCAAAGACCCUGACUGUGCACCAACCAUGGAUCUCCAGACCCAAGACAUUGUAAUUGUUGAGGGUGAGAAGAUGGACAUAAAAAUCCCAUACAGAGCAAUACCAAAACCAUCAAUGGUCUGGAAAAAGGGUGACACUGAAUUAAAGACUGAAGACAGACUGACGUUGACAUGUGAACUCAAUCGCGUUCACCUGGAGUUUCUCAAGUGUAAACACGAAGAUGCUGGCGUGUACACUGUUACUCUUGAGAACAGUCUGGGUUCAGUAACUGGCACAAUCACCGUAACAUUAAAAGGCCUGCCUGGACAAUGUAAGGACAUCUCUUCCAGUGAGGUCACCAAGAACUCUUGCAAGAUCUCUUGGGAGCCUCCAGAAAGUGAUGGUGGUAGCCCAAUCUUGCACUAUGUUCUAGAGCGCAGGGAAGCUCAGAAGAAGACAUUUUUGCCUGUGAUGUCUGGAGACAAUGUUUUAAGUUUUGUGGUCAAAGAUCUUAUGCUCAAUGGUGAAUAUUACUUUAGAGUGAAGGCUGUUAACAAGAUUGGUAGUGGCGAGUUUCUUGAACUCCGUAAUCCUGUCAUAACAGAAGAACAAAAACAACGCCCAGACCCACCAAUUGAGGUUGAAGGACACAAUCCCACCUCAAAUUCGAUCACUGUUACUUGGAUGGCACCACCAUAUGAUGGUGGAUGCCCAAUCACAGGGUACAUUCUUGAGAAAAUUGAAAAAGAUGGUGACAGAUUUGAAAGAUGCGUUCCAAAUCUGGUACCUGGUUUCUCCUACACUGUCACUGGCUUGACGGAAGGAAAGGAAUACCAGUUCCGUGUCCGUGCAGAGAACAUUGCAGGAGCAAGUGACCCAUCUCGCAGUACACCAUUGAUUAAGGCUGCUGAUCCUGUUGAACCACCAAAGGUAUCACUCCAUGUCCGUAUUGCAUCUGGCCUCAGUAUCAAAAAGGGCGAAGAGUUCAGAUUGGAUGCUUACAUAUCUGGAUCUCCCUACCCAACUGUUACAUGGCUCAGAAAUGAUGAGAAUGUGAGGCAGCCGCCAGCUAAGAAGAAAUCAGAAAUUGUGAAAAAGAAGAAAAAGAAGUCUGUUCAGCCUGAACCUGAAGAAGAAUUCCAUCCACCACUUUUAGAUCGCUUGUCAUUCGACCAGACCAAAAGGGGUGAAACUGCUCUGAUGGUGCGUGAUGCCAUCAGAACAGACCAUGGAAUGUUCACUAUUAGAGUUGAAAAUCCCCAUGGUGUUGCAAGAGCAUCGUGUGAAGUUAAUGUUCUUGAUAAGCCUGGCCCCCCUGCUAACUUUGGAUUUGAUGAGAUCAGAAACACCUCUGUUGUUUGCAUGUGGGAUGCACCUCUUGAUGAUGGUGGCAGUGACAUCAUCAACUACAUACUGGAAAAGAAAGACAACACUACUGAUGAGAUUGGUUGGGUAACUGUGACCUCGACCCACAAGGGAUACAAUUACCCUGUAACCAAGCUUAUUGAAGGAAAGGAGUACAUCUUCAGAGUCACAGCUGAAAACAAGUUUGGCUGUGGACAUCCAUGCUACUCUGAACCACUUAUUGCAAAGAAUCAAUUUGAACCACCUGAUGCUCCCAACAUGCCAAGAAUUGGAGAAGUCACUUCCAGCACAGUUGCUCUCAGCUGGCAUGAGCCAAAGGACAAUGGUAGCCCUAUCUUGGGCUAUUGGGUUGAGAGACGUGAAGUCAACAGCAAAUAUUGGACCAGAGUGAACAACAAUCUUCUUAAUUCACUGUCAGUUAAGGCUGAGGGUCUUAUGGAAGGCCUUGUUUACGUCUUCAGGGUCUGUGCUGAAAAUCUUGCUGGCCCGGGAGAAUUCAGUCCACCAACUGACCCUCAGACUGCAAUGGAUGCAAUCUUGCCUCCAGGCCCUCCUGUACCAAAAAUUGUUGAUGUCACAAAUACAACUAUCGAUAUCAGUUGGGUACCUCCAUUGUACAAUGGCGGUGGAGAAAUUCUUGGAUAUCAUGUUGAGCGCUGUCUGGUUGGAGAGAAGGACUGGGUCCGCUGUACUGAGUUUAGAUGCAAAGACCGCAAAUACACAGUGACUGGACUGACUGAGGGAGCUGACUAUUACCUUCGUGUAUACGCUGUAAAUGAAGCAGGUCAUGGAGCACCAGGCAUGACUGAACCUGUUCAGGCCAAAGAGCCAGAAGAGGCCCCAGGGGUUGAGUUUGAUGUCACUGUAAAGAAUGGAGUCAUCAUUAGAGCUGGAGAAACAUUGCGUCUCCCUGCUGUUGUUACUGGACGCCCUGUACCAGAAGUUAAGUGGACAAAAGAUGAUGCAGAGCCAGACAAGGAACACACAGUUAUUGAGACAGAAGGAAAAAACAGCAGUUUAACCAUCAAAAAUGCUUUGAGAACUGACCAUGGCAUAUACCAGAUCACAGGUACCAACCCCAGCGGAACAAAGUCUGCCUCCGUUAAGGUGGAUGUGAUGGAUGUCCCCGGACCAGUGGUUGAUCUUAAGACAGUUCAUGUGACCAAGAAAAUGAUUUCAUUCACCUGGUCAGAUCCUCUGGAUAAUGGUGGAAGUGACAUCAUGGGCUAUGUUGUUGAAAGAAAAGAUGCGAAAAUGCACAUUUACAGACAACCCUUAGAAGUUGCUGCUUGCAAAUGUGACAUUGUUGGUCUUCUUGAUGGAGAAGAAUAUAUGUUCCGUGUAGUCGCAAGGAACAAGUAUGGGCUUGGUGCUCCUGUUGAACUUGGACCUGUUUUAGCAGUGGAUCCUAAAGGAGUUCCAUCUGCCCCAGAGAAAUUGCACUAUAAGGAAAGGACCAAGAGCACUAUUACUUUGACUUGGGAACCUCCUCGUAGCGAUGGUGGUUCUCCAAUCAGAGGCUACUGUGUUGAAAAGAUGAGACAAGACAGCAAUGAAUAUGAUGUUGCCAAUCGCCAACUCUGCAAAGACCUCACCAUCACUCUGGAAAAUCUGUCUGAGAAUACGAUGUAUGACUUCAGAGUCAAAGCUGUCAAUGAGGUUGGCGAUGGAGAACCAUCCAAACCAAUCAGUGUCAAUAUUCAGGAUGAUGAACUGAUACCAACUGUUAAGUGGUUGAAAUUCUUUAAGAGUGAUGCUAUUAUUGUCAAGAAGGGAGCAGCUAUUGAAAUUCCUGCUGAAAUUGUUGGCCUACCCUUGCCUACAUUUGAGUGGACAAAGAAUGGAGUAGUUAUCGACCAACCUACUGAGACAAUGACACUGGAAUCAGAGGAGAUUAACAGGCAAACUAUCAAUACCAAAAUUGGUAUUCCUGAAACUGUACGAAAAGACACAGGCAUUUACAAGUUAACUGCCACAAAUACCCGUGGAGUAGGUCAACGCACAAUCCGAGUGGAUAUAUUGGAUCGCCCAUUGCCACCAAGAAACAUUGUGGUGUCUGACAUCAAAGCUGAGUCCUGCUACCUUACCUGGGAUGCUCCAGAGGACAAUGGUGGAAGCGACCUCACUAACUACAUCAUUGAGAAGAGGGAUGCCAGCAAAAAGAAGUCUGACUGGGAACAGUUGACAUGCUGCGUCAUAGACAGACGUUAUGGGGUGUACAAGUUGGAGGCAUAUGGUACCUACCAGUUCCAGAUCAAAGCUGAGAACAAGUACGGGGUCAGUGAUGGUUGUGAAUCAGAAAAGGUUGUACUCAAAGAUCCAUUUGGUCUUCCUGGGCCACCCCAGAGGCCAAGGAUUAUUAGUCACUCUCGCUCAUCCAUGUUGGUCACUUGGGAUCCUCCAAAAGACAAUGGUGGCUCAACCAUUCAAGGCUACUGGCUUGAAAAGAGAGAGAGAGGAGCUGUGUACUGGAGUCGUGUUAACAGGGCUCCAGUAACAAAACCAGCAGUCAGGGGCCUGGAAUACAAUGUGCUCCACCUUAUUGAGGGUUCCGAGUACCAGUUCCGUGUGAUGGCUCAGAAUGCAGCUGGCGUUGGACCUCCAAGUGAAGCAACAGAAUGUGUGUUUGCGCUUGAUCCAAGAAAACCACCAAGUCAACCACCAGCACCUGAAGUAACAGACAAAACCACAAGCAGUGUGAGUCUUUCCUGGACCCCACCAGAAAAAGAUGGAGGAAGUCCAAUAAAGGGUUACAUUGUUGAAGUUCAGGAUGAAGGUUCACUUGAGUGGAGAAGGAUCAAUACACCAGAUAAGCUGAUCCUAACCAAUUCAUACACUGUGUCAGGGCUUAAAGAGAAUAAGAAAUGCAGGUUCAGAAUUGUUGCUGUCAAUGCUGCUGGUGAAUCUGAGCCAAGUCCCAGAACUGGCGAUACCAUUGUGCAAGAUAUUCUGGAGGAACCUGUCAUUACCAUGGAGGUCACAGCUCAUGAGCUUCUCAAUUGUCGUGCUGGAACAACCAUCAAUAUUCCAGCCACCAUCUCUGGCAAACCUAUUCCGAAUGUUACAUGGGACUUUGAUGGAACUGCCCCAACAGAGAAAAAGAAUGAGCGUCACACUUUGCCAGAGGAUUCAGAAAUAUCAUCCAGUGAUACAACAUCAGUAGUGACAAUCCCUGAAUGUAAAUUAAACCACUCUGGGCGAUACAUCAUCACUGCCAACAACCAGGCUGGCACCAAAAUCGUUAAAGUGCGAGUGAAUGUACUUGAUUUGCCUGGAUCUCCUAAAGAUCUCAAAAUCAGUGACAUCACACGUGGAACAUGUAGACUAAGCUGGAAGCCACCAGACUGUGAUGGAGGUGACAGAAUCAAGAGCUACUUUGUUGAGAAAAAGACUGUUGAAGGAAAGGCUUGGACAAAGGUCAACCCAGCUUGCGCAACACAGUCCUUAGUUGUGCCAGACCUCAUUGAAGGACAAGAAUACUUGUUUCGUGUAAGAGCUGAGAAUCGCUUUGGUUUGGGACCUCAUAUCACAACCAUUCAGCGGACUAAAGCCAGAGAUCCUAUUCAUCCUCCUGAUCCUCCCACAAGAGUCAAAAUCGUUGAUGUGUCCAAGGGCAUUGUGACUCUGACAUGGAAGCCACCAAAGAAUGAUGGUGGUGCACCUGUAACUCACUACAAUGUUGAGCGUCUAUGGUGGGAUAGCAGUGGAAACCAGCAAGAGUCCUGGAGACAGUGUAACCGCCGUGAUAUUGAUACCACCACCUUCAAAGUGGAGGAUCUCCACCAGGGUGCUGAAUAUGAAUUCCGUGUUAAGGCUGUGAAUGAGGUUGGUGCCAGUAGACCAUCCUCUACAGCAGGACCCAUCAUUAUUAAGGACCAGAACAGGACACCUUCUAUUGAGCUUCCAGAAUUCAUGGAGGUUGAACAGGGUUCAGAUAUUCAUAUUGUUGCUAAGAUUAACGGUUGUCCAUUUCCAACACUCACAUGGCAGAAGGCUCCUCCUCACAAAAGUGAAAACAAGGUUGAUGUUGAGUAUGAUGAGCACAUCAACAAACUUGUUUCUGAUGAUAGCUGCACACUGCUGAUCCAGCAGGGCAAACGCUCAGAUACUGGCCUCUACACUCUUACUGCCAGCAACAGCCUUGGCACCGUUUCCAAGGAAAUGAGGCUUAAUGUUCUAGGGCGUCCUGGGGCUCCAUCUGCACCCAUCAAAUUUGAGGAAAUUUGUGCUGAACAGAUAACGCUAUCAUGGCUGCCUCCUAAGGAUGAUGGUGGCUCCAAAAUUACAAACUACACUAUUGAGAGACGUGUUGUCAACAGGAAGACUUGGAUACCUGUCACUAGUGAACCCAAAGAGAGAAUAUUCACGGUCGACAAUCUAAUGCCAGGCCAUGAGUACAUUUUCAGGAUUAGGGCUCAAAACAAAUAUGGCGUUGGUGAGCCUCUUGAUAGUGAACCUGAAGUAGCCAGAGAUGUGUUCAUGCCACCUGGCCAGUGUGACAAGCCAACACUUUCCAGCAUCACAAUAGACUCCAUGACUGUGAAUUGGGAAGAGCCAGACUCAGAUGGAGGCACUCCAAUUACAGGCUACUGGCUUGAGCGUAAAGAAACCACAUCUAAACGCUGGAACAGAGUAACCCGUGAUCCAGUCAGGCCCAUGCCACUUGGUAUAUCACACAGAGUCAUGGGGCUCAUUGAUGGAUCUCAGUAUUUGUUCCGCGUGAUAGCAAUAAAUGCAGCAGGAUGUGGACCUCCAAGUGAGCCAUCUGAUCCAACAUUUGCUAGAGAUCCAAUAGCAUCUCCUUUGCCACCAACCCCGAAAGUCACGGACUGGACUAAGACUACAGCAGACUUGGAAUGGAUUCCACCGUUGAAGGAUGGAGGUUCAAAGAUAAUGGGCUACCAUGUUGAAUACAAAGAGGAGGGCACAGAAGCAUGGGUCAAGGCCAAAGACAAGGAAGUUAGAGGAACUAAAUUUGUGGUCACUGGACUAAAAGAGAAUGCAUUUUAUAAGUUUAGAGUUUUGGCAUUCAAUGCUGCAGGUCUGAGUGAACCAGGUGAAGUUGCUGAUGCUCUUGAAAUGAAGGACCGGAUAAUUUUGCCAGUCCUUGAGCUGGACAUUUCAAUAAAGGAGAAGAUGGUUAUUCAUGCAGGAGGUGUUAUUCGUAUCAUCGCGUAUGUGUCAGGCCAACCUUCACCUGUGAUAACAUGGAGCAGAGAUGGGUAUCCAGUCCCAUCAGAAGCUGUUAUUGAAACCACAUCAAUCAGCUGCUCCAUGGUAAUUAAAGAUUGCACUAGGGCACAACGAGGUGUUUAUACAAUAACAGCCAAGAAUGAGGGAGGAGAAGUGAAGAAGUCUGUUAUUGUUGAUGUUCUUGAUAUCCCUGGUCCAGUGGGGGCACCAUUUACAGCAGAAAACCUUACAAGUGAUUCAUGCAAACUGAACUGGUUUUUCCCUGAUGAUGAUGGUGGAUCUGCCAUCUCCAAUUACAUAAUUGAGAAACGUGAAGCUGAUCGAAAGGCUUGGACAUCUUGCUCCUAUUCAGCUGGCAGACAAAAUGCUAUAGUAAAUAAUCUGGUGCUUAAAAAGGAAUAUUUUUUCAGAGUUGCAGCUGAAAAUGCAAUUGGAGUAGGUCCUUUCUGCCAAACAGCAUGUGAAAUUGUGAUUAAAGAUCGUAUUAAUGUUCCAGACCGUCCAGAAGAUCUUGAGGUGACUGCCAUCACCAGAGACUAUAUCAGUGUGACUUGGAAGCCACCUAAGUAUGAUGGAGGGUCUGAAGUGAUAUCCUACAUUCUUGAGGCUCGCAUGAUUGGCAAAGACAAGUUUGUCAGACUGACCAAAGAGACACUGAUGGAUAGGAAAUACACUUACGAUGGUCUUCGUGAAGGCGACACAUAUGAAUUCCGUGUCAGUGCAGUGAAUGAAGUUGGUCCAGGCAAACCAUCCUUCUCCACUAAGCCAAUUACAUGUAAAGAUGAACUUGAGCCCCCUACAAUUGAGCUGGACUUCCGUGAUAAGGCUGUUGUUCGUGUUGGUGAAAGCUUUGCACUCCAGGGACGGUAUACUGGAAAACCAACACCAUCUGUCACCUGGUCAAUAGAUGACAAAGAACUAAAAGCAGAUGACCACAUCAAGUUCAAAAACACUACUACCACAAUGUGCCUGGGUAUUAUUAAAGCUCAGCGUGGACACAGUGGAAAAUACUGUGUGACAGUUGAAAACUGUACUGGUGCUCGUAAAGGCAUUUGUAAUGUCACAGUUGCAGAUCGACCAUUGCCUCCAGAGGGCCCAGUUGUAUUUGAGGAAGUUCACAGAGAUCAUAUGGUUAUUUCCUGGAAGCCCCCUCUUGAUGAUGGUGGAUGUGAAAUUUCUAACUACAUCAUUGAGAAGAGAGAUGUAAACAGGGACAUGUGGACAACUGUAACAUCUGCCACCACAAAAACCCACUGCAAAGUACCUAAACUUGUAGAGGGUCGUGAAUACAUCAUGAGAAUUAGUGCUGAGAACAUGUAUGGCAUAAGUGACCCACUGGAAUCAGAGGAGAUGAAAGCUAAAGAUCUAUUCAGGGUACCUGAGGCACCUGAGCCACCCAUUGUAAAAGACGUCUUCCAUGAUUCAGCACUGGUAAUUUGGAACCGUCCUCGUGAUGGUGGGAAGCCCAUCACAAACUAUAUAUUGGAGAGGAAGGAGCCCUCAGCUAAGAGAUGGGCUCGUGCAACCAGAGAUCCAAUCUACCCUGCUACACAGUACAGGGUACAAGACCUCGUUGAAGGCUGUGAAUAUGAAUUCCGUGUAAUGGCAGAGAAUGAAAUUGGCACUGGAGAUCCUAGCCUUCCCAGUAAACCUAUUCUGGCUAAGGAUCCCAUUGUUAAGCCAAGCCCCCCUGUUUUGCCUGAAGCUGUUGACAAGACUAAAGAUUCUGUAAGUCUGUCAUGGCGUGUUCCUCGCCAUGAUGGUAAAGGAAAAAUAUUUGGUUACUUGAUUGAGUAUCAGAAGCCCGGUGCAAUCGAAUGGAUCCAGGCAAAUGAAACUCCUGAAUCAUGCCCAGACACCAAGUUUGUUGUGACAAAUCUAUCAGAAGGUGGAGAGUUUCUAUUCAGAAUUAUGGCUGUGAAUGCAGCUGGAAAAUCUGAGCCUGCUUAUGUCAAGGAACCAGUGAAGGUUCAUGACAGACUUGAGGAGCCAGAGUUGCUGUUAGAUGCCAAUAUGGCACGUGACCACCUUGCCAUGGUUGGGACAGACAUCACACUUAGUGCCAAAUUUAAGGGCAUGCCAAUUCCCACUGUCUCUUGGAAAAAGAAUGAUGGUGAAGUUCCUGCUCAUUGUCUUAUUGAGGUCACAGCAAGUGGAAGCAAACUUCACAUUAAGAAGUGUACCCGUGCUGACUGUGGCAAUUAUACCAUCACUGUUCAAAAUGCAGCUGGAACGAAAUCUGCUACAUGCACUGUUCUUGCUCUUGAUAAACCUGGACCACCAAGGAAUUUUAAAAUCUCUGAAGUCACAAGUGAGUCAGCUUACCUGACAUGGCAAAAUCCAGAGGAUGAUGGUGGUGCCGUAAUCUCCCACUAUGUUGUGCAAAAGAAAGAUGUAGCAGCUGAGAACUGGGUUCCAGUUUGUGCUGCAUCUAAAAAGCUUAGCCUUAUGGCUCAAUAUCUGAUGGAGGGAAUUCAGUAUCUCUUCAGAGUUGCAGCUGAGAAUCAAUUUGGCAGGAGUGCAUUUGUUGAAACCACCAAGCCCAUCAAGGCAGUUGAUCCACUUUAUCCUCCUGGUCCACCCAAGAAUCUGCAUCAUGUGAAUGCAGACAAAACUGAAGUAUGGCUUCAAUGGGAGUGGCCUGAUCGCACAGGUGGAAGUGAGAUCACCGGAUUCAUUGUUGAGCAUCAAGAAGAAGGUUCCACUGACUGGGUGACCUUCAAGACUGUCAGCAAUCCUCAGUGCCAUGUUACUGGACUUGUGGAGGGCAAAACAUACAGAUUCCGUGUAAAAUCACAAAAUGCAAUUGGCAUUAGCCGACCAGACACCAGUGUGCCAAUUACUUGCCAGGAAAAAACCUUGGCUCCAACUAUUGAAGUUGAUGUGAAGCUUAUUGAGGGUCUUGUUGUGAAAGCUGGCAGUACAAUCGUCCUCCCAGCGGUCAUGCAAGGAAUUCCAACUCCAACAGCCAAGUGGCAAAGUGAAGGAAAUGAGCUUAAAACUGAGGGCAAAUUUAAGAUCGUUACUGAAGGAAAUUCAACUGUCUUGACUAUUAGUGAAUGUGUCAGAACUGACAGCGGAGAGUAUGGUCUUACUGUGGCAAACCCUACUGGAAGCAAGUCUGUUGCUCUACAUGUUACAGUCCUUGAUGUUCCAUCUGCUCCAGUUGGUCCCGUAAAUAUCCUUGAGGUUACCCCUGAUCAUAUGAUAAUCCAGUGGCGUGCACCAAAAGAUGAUGGUGGCACACCUAUGAUGAACUAUAUUGUAGAGAAGAAGGAUGUCAAGAAGCCUUGGGAGCCGUGGUCAGUUGUGAGUUCUGGAAGCACAAGCACAAAGGCCAAAGUCCCACGUUUGGAGAAGGGACGUGAAUAUAUUGUACGUGUACGUGCUGAGAAUAAAAUUGGCAUCGGUGCUGGCCUUGAAAGUCCUCCCACUAUUGCCAAGCAUAUGUUUGAUCCACCAGGUCCUCCUGGCCAACCAACAUGUUCUGACAUAACAGAAAAUGCUGUAACAGUGUCAUGGACUGAACCAGAAACUGAUGGUGGAAGCCCUGUGAGUGGUUACAUUGUUGAGCGCAGGGAGAUGACUGGUAAAUGGAUUCGUGUCAAUAAAACACCAGUCUUGGAUGUAAGAUACAGGGUAUGUGGUUUGUUUGAGGGCAAUAGCUAUGAAUUCAGAAUAUUUGCUGAAAAUGUUGCUGGUGUAAGUGAGCCUUCAUAUCCAUCAGACCCAAUGAAAGCUAAACGUCCAAUUACUCCUCCGGGGCCUCCAAGUAACAUUAAGCUGAAGGACUGGAGCAAGUCAUAUGCAGAUUUGGUAUGGACCAAGCCUUCCAGAGAUGGUGGCAGCCCCAUCCUAGGCUAUGUUAUUGAAUGCCAGAAAUCAGGUUCUGCACAGUGGGAUAAAAUAAACAAGGAUCUAAUCAAGUUUUGUGCAUUUAGAGUGCCUGGACUUAGUGAAGGCACAGAGUACAGAUUUCGUAUUAGAGCCUCAAACAAGGUUAGAGAUGGUGAGCCAAGAGAACUCACAGAAACUGUGCUUGCCAAAGACAUUCUUGUUCCCCCUGAUGUAACUGUUGAUGUUGUUUGCCGUGACCUCCUAACAGUUAGAGCAGGGCAAAUCCUCAACCUUGUAACCCGUGUUAAGGGUAGACCUGACCCUGAAAUCACUUGGACUAAAGAUGCAAGAGUUUUAGGGAGAGAUAAACGCACUGAGAUGAACAAUAACUUCCCUCUUGUUGAGCUGGUAAUUCAGGAAGCUGUUAGAGCUGAUUAUGGAAAAUAUGCAAUUCAAGCAAAGAAUAGCAGUGGUCAAGCACAAGCUACAAUUAUUGUCAAUGUACUUGAUAUUCCAGGAGCCUGUCAGAAUUUGAAGGUUGCUUAUGUGACUAAAGACUAUUGUAUGGUUUCUUGGGAAAAUCCAGAGGAUAACGGUGGCACUGAAAUUACUAAUUAUAUAAUUGAGUGCAGACAACCAAGUCAAAGAGGAUGGACAGUUGUUUCUUCUGACUGCACCAAACGACUUUUCAAAGCUCCACUUGUUGAGAAUUGUGAAUAUUUCUUCCGUGUGAGUGCAGAGAAUAAAAUUGGAGCUGGUCCACUAACAGAAACAAAAGCACCAGUCCUUGCUGUUGAUCCAGUUGAGAAACCUGGUGAGCCAGAGAACUUCCAAAUCGCUGAAAUCGGCAAGACAUUUGUCUUUCUCAAGUGGAAGAAACCAGAAUACGAUGGUGGUAGUCGUAACCUUGCUUACCAUAUUGAAAAGAAGCCUAAAGAAGCAGAUGAAUGGGAACGAUUACACAAAGGUGCUAUAAAGGAAACCUAUUUCAUGGCUGACAGAUGCAUUGAGAACCAAAUUUAUCAAUUUAGAGUUCAAACAAAGAAUGAGGGAGGAGAGAGUAACUGGGUGACAACAGCUGAAGUUCUUGUAAAGGAGGAACUUGUACAGCCAGAGCUCAAAGUCAAACUGGUGGGUGUUCUUGUUGUUAAAGCUGGAGAUGCCGUUCCAAUUGAGGCAGAGCUUAUAGGUAAACCACAGCCUGAUGUAAAAUGGUCUAAAGAAGGUGACACUGCAGAUAUCACCAAAAGCCCAAGGGUACAAGUUGAAACUGGCACUAACUUCACAAAAUUCCUGCUCACAAAUUCAAGACGUGGAGAUACUGGAAAAUACAUAAUUACUGCAACAAAUACUGCUGGAACCUGCUCUGCUAAGGCCAAGGUGAAUGUUCUUGACAGACCAGGUCCUAUUAGAGACCUGAAAGUGUCAGACAUUUCUGUGGACAGAUGUAAGCUUACAUGGGAGAUACCAGAAGAUGAUGGUGGUUGUGAGAUCUAUAAUUACAUCAUAGAAAAAUGUGAGACAAAGAGAGGGGUAUGGUCAGUUCAUUCAGCAGCUAUUAUUACCAAUUCAGCUAAAGUUACUCGCCUUAUCGAAGGAAAUGAAUACAUCUUCCGUGUGAGAGCUGAGAACAAGAUGGGUGCUGGCCCUGCUGUUGAAACUGAGUCCAUUGUUGCAAGAACCCAAUUCAGCAGACCAGGUGCACCUGAUGCACCAGAGGUUACCAAAAUUACAAAAGAUGAAAUGGUUGUUAUGUGGUGCUCUCCUGAUAAUGAUGGCGGAAAACCUAUAACUGGUUAUAUUCUUGAGAAAAAAGAAGAGCAUGCCAUUCGGUGGGCCCCUGUUGUUAAGUCCCCAAUUGCAGGGACACAGAUGACUGUUACAGGUUUACUGCCUAAUCAUGAAUACCAGUUCCGUGUCAGGGCUGAAAAUGAAAUUGGAGUUGGAGAUGCAAGCAAGCCAUCCAGAUCAUUAACUGCAAGAGAUCCAGUUGAGCCUCCUGGUCCUGUUAGUAACUUAAAGGUGGCUGACAGCUCAAAGACAUCAAUUACUCUGGCAUGGACAAAGCCUACAUAUGAUGGAGGUGCUCCUCUUAUUGGAUACGUCAUCGAGCUAAGAGUCAAGGGAACAGGCAAGAAGGGAGAUGAAGGCUGGAAAAGGUGCAAUGUUGCUGCCCAGUUGAUCGGAACAGAAUUUACAGUCUCAAGCCUGAAUGAGAAGCUUGAAUAUGAAUUCCGUGUUUCUGCACAAAAUCAGGUUGGCUUGAGUCAGCCAACUAAUCUUGGGGAAGCUGUGACACCAAGAGAAGUCUUGGAGGCCCCUGAGAUUGAUUUGAAUGCAGAACUGAAGAAAGGUGUGACUGUUAGAGCUGGCUGCCCAAUUAGAUUAGUUGCCACAGUCAGAGGCAGACCCGCUCCCAAGGUCUUAUGGAGGAGAAUGGGAAAAGAUAAUGUUGUUCAGAAGGGCCAUGUUGAUCUCAUUGACACUAUGACAUUCCUUGUUAUCUCUGAUUCUACUCGUGAUGAUUCAGGCAAAUAUUCAUUGACUGUAUCCAGUCCAGCUGGAGAGAAGGCAGUGUUUGUGAAUGUCAACGUACUUGAUACACCUGGACCUGUUGUUGGUCUUGAGGUUGCUGACAUCACAAUGUCAUCUUGCAACCUCACAUGGUCUCCACCUGAAAAUGAUGGUGGCAGUAAUAUCACUCAUUACAUUGUUGAAAAACGAGAAAUUGAUCGCAAGACUUGGGCAACAGUGAAAGCUAAUGUUGAUAACACCACAUUUAAAGUUACCAAUCUCGCCCCAGGAACAGAGUAUUACUUCAGGGUCGUUGCUGUAAAUGAGUAUGGUCCUGGGGUCCCAAGGGUUACAGCAAAAUCCUAUCUGGCCUCUGAUCCUAUCAGCAAGCCUGACCCACCACAAAAGGUUGAUGUUCUAGAGAUUACUAAGAACAGUGCAACUGUGGGAUGGGUGAAACCAAUGCGUGAUGGUGGGGCUAAAAUUGAUGGCUACAUUAUUGAUUAUCUUGAGCUUCCAAUGCCUAAACCUCUCAAGAUACCAGUGUCGGCUGAAGGUGAGGUUGAGCCUGGUGUAGAGCCGGUGGCUCCACCCCCGCCUGAACCUGUGGUGGAGGAAGAGAAGGAGGAGAAAAAGGAGGAAUGGACGCCGUACACAGUCGUAAAAGAUUUAAGCAUCUCUGUUGCUGGAUUAAAGGAGGGAAGAAAAUAUCGCUUCAGAGUGGCAGCAAAAAAUGCCAUGGGAUCCAGUCUUCCCACAGAGACCAGAGAAGCUUAUGAGAUCAAGGAGCAGAUGUUGGAGCCCAAAAUCAUCAUGCCUGAGCUUGUCACUGCAAAGGCAGGAGCAAAACUGAGGGUUGAGGCUCUUGUAUCUGGAAAGCCAGCACCAGCAUGCCAAUGGAAACGGGGAGAAAAUAAUGUAGUCCCAUCAAGCCGUCUUGCUGUGCACAAAUCUCAGAACAUGUGUGUGCUCAUCAUUAAGGAUGUUUCAAGACAAGACAGUGGUGAAUACAGCCUUGUUGCUGAGAACAGCACUGGAAAAGUUGACCAGACUUUGAAAAUCAUCAUCAGAGAUAUUCCUGGACCACCUGAGCCACCAUUUGAGAUCAGUGACAUAGAUUCUGAUGCCUGCACACUCUCUUGGAACAAACCAACUGAAGAUGGUGGUAGCAAUAUCACUAAUUAUGUGGUUGAGAAGUGUGAUGUAAGCAGAGGUGACUGGGUUACUGCUCUUUCCAGCUGUGGCAAAGCUGGUUGCAGAAUCGGAAAGCUUAUUCCUGGAAAGGAAUAUGUUUUCCGUGUUCGUGCUGAGAACAGAUUUGGUAUUUCAGACCCCCUUACAUCUGAAAGGAUGGUUGCUAAAUUCCCCUUCGAUGUUCCUGGUGAACCUUUGAACUGCCGCAUCAACAAGGUGAACAAGGACUGCAUGUUUGUGGCAUGGGAUAAGCCUGAGUCUGAUGGUGGCAGUCCAGUUACUGGAUACUACAUUGAACGCAAAGAGAGGAACAGUCUCCUUUGGGUUAAGGCUAAUGAUUCUGUUGUUCGCACAACUGAAUAUCCUUGUGCUGGCCUAAUUGAGGGUCUGGAAUACACUUUCAGAGUGUCUGCUAUAAACCGAGCUGGUCAGGGAAAACCAAGCAAGAAAACUGAGUUUAUCACAGCAAGAACGCCUGUUGAUGCUCCUGGAAAACCAGAGGUACUUGACAUGACUAAGAACUCAGUUACAUUGGUUUGGACCAAACCAAAGAAUGAUGGUGGAAGCAAGAUAAUUGGAUACUAUGUUGAAAUGAUGAGGCUUCCAGGAGACACUUGGGUGCGUUGCAAUACAAGUAGUCAAAAUGUGCCUCGUGAGGAGUACACUGCAACUGGGUUAGAAGAGGGUGCUAAGUACCAGUUUAGGGUAAUUGCCAAGACAGCAGUUAACAUUAGCAGGCCGUCUGAAAUCACUGACCCGAUUCUGGUGUCUGCAGAAAAUGUACCGCCAAGAAUAGAGCUUUCAAUACAGAUGAAAAAGAUGUUGCCAGUAAAGGCUGGAUCAGAUGUUUGCCUUGAAGCUGAAGUUUUUGGCAAACCAAUGCCCAAGGUUACAUGGAGCAAGAAUGGAGAAGUGUUGAAAGCUGACAAAGAAUUCAAGAUGUCUCAAAAGAGACACCUCUUUUCUCUGAGCCUUGAUGCAGUUACUAAACUUCAUAUGGGAAGUUAUGGAAUUCUUGCAGUAAAUGCUAGUGGUUCUACAACUGCAGAAAUGCAACUCAAAGUUUUAGAUAUACCUGGCCCACCAGCCUCUAUGAAGUUUGAUGAGGUACUUUCAGAGCAGAUCAAGUUGAGCUGGGAGGCUCCACUUGCAGAUGGUGGUUCUCCAAUUACAAAUUAUGUUGUUGAUAAACGUGAGACAAGCAGGGCUAACUGGGCCCAAGUUUCUGCUAAAAUCAGUGGUGAUACAAAAGAAUGUUUAGUGGAGAGACUGAUUGAGGGGCAUGAAUAUCAGUUCCGCGUUCGUGCCGAGAACCGCUAUGGUACUGGUGAUGGCAUCAUAUCGGACCCUGUUGUUGCAAGGAAUCCCUUCACUGUUCCUGGAGCAUGUGACCCACCGGUCCUUACAAACAUCACAAAGGAGCGUAUGACUGUAAGCUGGAAGGAACCAUCUGAUGAUGGAAAGUCCCCUAUUCUUGGAUAUAUAGUUGAGAAACGUGAGACCAAGGAAAUUAACUGGACUAAACUGAACAGAAAACCCUUGCUGGAGAGAACACUUGAGGUUGGAGGUCUCUCUGAGGGAGCUCAGUAUGAGUUUAGAGUCACUGCUGUUAAUAAAGCUGGCCUUGGCAAACCCAGUGAACCAUCUAAUGCCACCUCUGCUCUUGAUCCUUUGUAUCCUCCAGGCCCACCCAUUUCUCCCAAAGUUAUAGACACGACCAGCAGCACAAUUAGACUAACUUGGACUAAGCCUGCAAAUGAUGGUGGUAGUGAAAUUUUGGGAUACCUUGUCGAAAGCAAGAGAACUAAUACAACAGACUGGAUAAGAUGCAACGUACCCAAGAACCUUCAGGAUACAAAUUAUGUUGUGACUGGACUCUUGGAGAACUCAGAAUACCAACUCCGUGUUACUGCUGUAAAUAAAGUUGGAUUCAGCCAGCCUUGUGAAUUUCCUGAAAAACAUGUUGCCAAGGAUGUUUUUGCUGCUCCUGAGGCUGAGCUUGAUGCAGAGCUGAAGGACACUGUGGUGCUCACGGCUGGCAGUAAAAUGAAACUUCAUGCCACAAUCAAGGGUCGACCAAUCCCCAGGGUGACCUGGGCCAAGAUGAACACCAACAUUAAGGACAGACAUGGAAUCAUAAUCAAAACAACAGACACUGAUACAUUGGUUUAUGUUGAUAAAGUCAAUAGAUAUGAUGCAGGCAAAUACAUUCUGAAUCUUGACAGUGUAAGCGGAAUGAAGAUGUACACCGUUAUUGUCAAGGUCCUUGAUACUCCUGGACCUCCACUGAAUCUGAUGGUAAAAGAGACAUCAAAGGACAGUGCCUCCAUCCUAUGGGAUGCACCUCUAAUUGAUGGUGGAAGUGAGAUUACAGGUUACAUUGUUGACAAAAGAGAUGCAGAAAGGAAAGCAUGGUCAAAUGUUUCAACCACUUGCACUCAAACAUCUUUCAAGAUUGAUGGUUUAGAGGCCGGAAGAUCUUAUUGUUUCAGGGUUCUGGCUCAAAAUCAGUUUGGCAUUGGUGAGCCAUGUGAAACUGUGGAUGCUGUUAGAGCUUCUGAACAACCUGGACCAGUUAUGGACUUCAAGACCUUGCUGGUAACCAAGGACUCUUGUACACUUUCCUGGAAAAAGCCCAUCAGUGAUGGAGGAAGCCGCAUCAUUGCAUAUGUGCUAGAGGUCCUUAAUGGCGAAGACAAAUGGAAGGAGCUUCUUAGAUCAAAGAACAUGCAAUAUAGUGCAAAGGACAUUACUGAAGGAAGGGAAUACAAAUACAGAGUUAAAGCAACAAAUGAUUCUGGUGAUGGUCCUGUGAAAGAACUCUCUGUGAUUGCUAAAGAUGUCAAUGUUUCUCCAAGCUGUGACUUGCGAGAGUUGCCCAACUUGAACUAUAUCGCAAAAGAAGGAAGCACCGUUCGUCUCAAGAUUCCUAUUAGUGGAAAGCCUGUCCCUGUUGUCACAUGGAAGAAGGGAGAGGAUGAAAAUCUCACAGACACAGGAAGAGUGUGUGUAGAAUCAACGGCAGUAAACACAACUCUUAUGAUACGUGACUGCCAAAGGACAGAUGCCUCAAAAUACACCAUCACUCUUCGCAAUGCUGCUGGAACAAAAGAGUCCACAAUUUUUGUCAGAGUUGUUGGCAAACCAGGAAUUCCAACUGCACCAGUAAAGUUCAAGGAAGUGACUGCAGAUGGUGCAACCUUAAAAUGGGGUGUUCCUAAAGAUGAUGGUGGAUCAGAAAUUACCAACUACAUACUUGAGAAACGUGAUUCCAUUACUAACAUGUGGGUUACUGUGUCUUCAUCUGUGGACACAAACACUUUCAGAGUGACUGGUCUCCAUGAGGGAACUGAGUACAUCUUUAGGGUUAGUGCAGAAAACAAAUAUGGAAUUGGUGAGGGCCUCAAAUCAGAGCCUAUGGUUGCCAAGCAUCCAUUCAAUGUUCCAGAUUCACCUCCACCCCCUCAAGUUAUGAGUAUGUAUCAUGAUUCAGCAACACUUGCAUGGUUUGAUCCAAGGAAAACCGGAGGCUCACCAAUCACAGGUUAUCAUGUUGAAUUCAAGGAAAGAAACAGCAUGUUAUGGAAAAGAGCAAACCCAAGUGCUUUGAAGAUGAGAGAUUUCAAAGUGACAGGCUUAACAGAGGGUCUAGAAUAUGAGUUCAGAGUUAUGGCUAUUAAUCUGGCUGGUGUUGGUAGACCAAGUCCUGCCACUGAGCCAAUGGUUGCCUUGGAUGCAAUUGAUGCACCUGGCAAACCUGAUGUGAUUAGCAUCACUAGAAGCACUGUAACACUUCAGUGGACUGAGCCUCAAUACGAUGGUGGACACAGGCUUACAGGCUACAUUGUUGAGAGACGUGAUCUCCCAGCAAAGGUCUGGGUAAAGGCUAAUACAAUAAAUGUUGUGGACUGUGCAUAUACUGUAGCAGACUUGCAAGAGGGUUGCAAGUAUGAAUUUAGAAUCAGAGCAAAGAAUGCAGCUGGAGCAAUAAGUCCACCCUCUGAACAAACUGAUACCCUUGUGUGCAUGGAUGAAUAUGCGGCACCAACCAUUAUAAUUGAUCCAACAGUCAAGGAGGGGCUAACUGUCAGGGCUGGAGAUACUAUUGUAAUUACUGCAACAAGCAUUCUGGGCAAACCUCAGCCAACCUCUGUGUGGUCAAAGGGUGGAAAGUAUUUCAAGCCAUCAGAUGUGUGCCAAAUAGAAACUACGCCUUCUUCUUCUACUCUUUCUAUCAAAUAUGCAAGUAGGAAGGAUUCAGGAGAGUACACAAUUACAGCAAGUAACCCAUUUGGUGUGAAAGAAGAAAUUGUGAAAGUAACAAUUUUAGAUGUUCCCGGUCCACCAGGGCCAAUUGAAGCUAGUGGAAUUUCAUCUGAAAAGGUCACUUUGACAUGGACACCACCUCAUGAGGAUGGGGGAUCUCCAAUUAAAUACUAUACUUUGGAGAAAAGAGAAACAAGCCGUCUCCUUUGGACCAUUCUUGCUGAAAAGGUUAUUGACUGCCACUUUGUUGCCAAUAAGCUUAUCCAGGGAAAUGAGUACAUCUUCAGAGUUUCUGCUGUCAACAGUUCUGCAGCUGGUGAUGCUUCCCAUUCUGAACCAGUGAAAAUGGUGGAUAGCUAUGGUCCCCCUGGUCCGCCAGCUAAACCAGAAGUUGAAAAUGUUGGAGGAAAUUCUGUUACCAUUGCUUGGAAAAGACCAGCUGAUGAUGGUGGAAGUGAUAUAAUGGGCUAUAUGGUUGAAAGGAAAGAAAAGGAGGGCAUGAGAUGGACCCGAGCAUCAAAGAAAACAAUUGCUGAACUCCACUUUGAAGUGAAAGGGCUAAAAGAGGGAGUUGAAUAUGAAUUCAGAGUAACUGCUGAGAAUAAGGCUGGUUUUGGUGAGCCAAGUGAACCUUCAAUGCCAGUGAGGACAAAGCUUGUUGCAGAUGUACCUAGUCCUCCAGUCAACCCAAGAGUCACUGACACAACAAAAACCACAGCUGAAUUGCACUGGGGCAAACCACUUAGUGAUGGUGGCAUGGAAGUCACAGGAUACCUUGUUGAGCACAAAAAGGAGGGAGAAGAAGAAUGGGUGAAAGAUACAGCUACGCCGUUGAGGAUCACUGAGUUUGUUGUCCCCAAUUUGCAAGCUGGAACAAAGUAUAAUUUCAGAAUUUGUGCAAUGAAUGCAAUGGGUGUUAGUGAACCAGCACAAACAAAGGAUCUUGUUGAAAUUGUGGAACGUGAAGAAAUCCCUGAUUUAGAACUAGAUAUAGAACUCAGAAGAACGUUAGUUGUUAGGGCAGGUGCCUCUAUUCGUAUAUUUAUUCCUAUUAAAGGACGCCCAACCCCUACAGUGACUUGGACAAAAGAGGACUCACCAUUGAAAACUCGUGCAAUCAUCGACAAUACUGAAUCCUAUACCCUGUUGGUCAUUCCCGACUGUAAUAGACGCGAUGCAGGGAAAUAUGAUUUAACAUUAGAGAAUGCUGCUGGAAAGAAGACUGCUUCUGUGGUUGUAAGGGUUUUGGACUCCCCUGGUCCUCCUCUUAAUUUGAAACCCAAAGCAAUUGACAAAGAGAGUAUCACAUUGGAAUGGGAAAUGCCUCUUAUUGAUGGAGGUGCUAAAAUUACUAAUUACAUCAUUGAGAAGAGAGAGUCUACUCGCAAGGCAUAUGCUGCUGUGAUCACACAAUGUGAUACAUGCUCCAUCAGAGUUCCUGAUCUGGCAGAGGGUUUGGAAUAUUAUUUCAGAGUUUAUGCUGAAAAUGAGUAUGGCAUUGGUGAAGCAGUUGAAACCCCAGACCCAAUCAGAGUAUCUCAAGCACCAACUCCACCAGAAAAUGUCACUUUUACUGAUGUCACGAAGAACUCAGUUAGUCUUGUAUGGACUAAACCAAAACAUGAUGGUGGAAGUAGGGUUACUGGGUAUGUAAUUGAAGCACAAAGGAAAGGAACAGACCAGUGGGCCCAUGUGACAACUGUGAAAACUUUGGACUUUACUGUAAAAAAUCUUAAUGAAAAUGAAGAGUACAUAUUCCGUGUAAUGGCAGUGAACAGUUCUGGGCGAAGUCGUCCUCGUGUAAGCAAGCCUGUAGUUAUCAAAGAACAAAGUUCAGAACCAGAAUUUGAUCUCCGUGGUGUGUGUCAGAAGACAGUUAUUGCCAAGGCUGGCAAUGAUAUAAAGGUUGAGGUGCCCGUUUCUGGACGUCCUAAGCCUACACUUUCUUGGCAGAAAGACAAUCAAGCCCUCAAAUUAACACAAAGGACAAUGAUUGAAAAUACCUCUACCUCAACUAUCUUGAUCAUAAAUGAAUGUUUAAGGAGUGACUGUGGAAUAUACUCAAUGACAGGAAAGAACAUCGUUGGCUCGGUUACAGAUAGCAUCACAGUAAAAGUGCAUGAUGUGCCUGGACCACCAAAGGGACCAAUUAAACUGGACAAAAUAUCUCAUACUUUUAUUGAGUUCUCAUGGGAAGCUCCUGAAAAUGAUGGAGGUGUACCAAUCAAUAACUAUAUAGUAGAAAUAAGGGAAACUACUAGCCAGACAUGGGUAGAACUCUCCUCAUUGAUUAUUCGUACAACAUUUAAAGCAACUCGUUUAACAACAGGAACUGAAUAUCAAUUCCGCAUCAAGGCUAAAAACAGAUAUGGGACAGGGCCUCCAUUAACAUCAGAGGCAGUGGUUGCUGCAUAUCCAUUUAAGGUACCUGGGCCACCUGGAACACCCAAAGUUGUCGCUUUCACUAAAGAUACAAUGACAAUUGGUUGGAAUGAGCCUGUUUCUGAUGGUGGAAGCGAGGUCAUUGGUUACCAUGUUGAAAGGAAAGAGAGGAACAGUAUUGUUUGGCACAGAAUUAGCAAGGCACUUGUGAUCGGAAAUCUGUUCAAAUCCACAGGACUAGAGGAUGGUGUGGCAUAUGAGUUCCGUGUGAUUGCUGAAAACAUAGCUGGAAUUGGAAAACCAAGCAAAGCCUCUGAACCAAUGCUUGCUCUUGAUCCAGUGGAUCCACCUGGUCAACCUGUCCCAAUCCAUGUGUCCAAAAAUGCCAUCACUAUUCAGUGGACAAAGCCAGAGUAUGAUGGUGGAUUCAAGAUUACUGGCUAUACUGUGGAAAAGAGAGAUCUUCCAGCUGGGCGCUGGAUAAGAGCUAACUUUACAAAUAUAAUUGAAACCACUUUCACUAUAAGUGGUCUAACACAAGAUGAAUCUUAUGAAUUCCGUCUACUUGCAAGAAAUUCAGCUGGUGCGGUAAGUAACCCAUCAGACCCAUCAGAUCCAAUUAUUUGCAAAGAUGACAUUGAAGAACCAAGGAUUAUGGUUGAUGCUAAAUUUAAAGAUAUUGUCCUUGUCAAAGCCGGAGAGGUGUUCAAACUUGAAGCUGAUGUUGCAGGCCAGCCAUUACCAUCUAUGGUUUGGUCGAAAGAUGGAAAAGAUGUUGAAAACACAACCAAACUACAGAUUAAAAUGACAGAACUUACAGCAGUCUUGAUCAACAAGGAUUCUGUCAGAAGGGAUGGUGGUGAAUUUAUUUUGACAGCAACAAAUGUUGGUGGCUUUGCUAAGCAUGUUUUCAAUGUAAAGGUUCUUGAUAGACCAGGACCACCUAAGGGACCUCUGACAGUUUCCGAUAUUACAGCUGAAAAAUGUGUGCUAACAUGGAAUCCACCUGCAGAUGAUGGCGGUGCAAACAUCCAACAUUAUGUUAUUGAAAAACGUGAGUCAAGCAGACUUGCUUGGACAAAUGUGGCAUCUGAAUUGCCGGUUAAUCAGUACCAAGUGACAAAGUUGCUCAAAGGAAAUGAAUACAUUUUCAGAGUUAUGGCUGUUAACAAGUAUGGUGUUGGAGAACCUCUUGAGUCUGAAGCAAUAAUUGCAGAUAAUCCAUAUGUACGACCAGAUCCUCCACAAACACCUGAGAUAACAGCGGUAACCAAGGAUUCAGUAGUCCUCUGUUGGGGUGCACCUGCUAGCAAUGGUGGAAGUGAAAUCACCAACUAUCGUAUUGAGAAAAGAGACAGGAUUAGUUUGCGUUGGGUAAAAUGCAACAAGAGGAAUGUUACUGACUUGCAAUUCAAGGUGACCGCUCUUAUUCCAGGCCAUGAAUAUGAAUUCAGAGUUUUUGCUGAAAAUGCAGCAGGAAUAAGUGAGCCAAGUCCUUCAUCACCAUUUGUCAAGGCCACAGAUGCUCUUUUCAAACCAGGUCCUCCUGGCAACCCUAGAAUCCUGGACACAACAAGUUCUUCCAUCACGCUUGCAUGGAACAAACCAGUUUAUGAUGGUGGUUCUGAAAUUACUGGCUAUAUUCUUGAGACCUGUCUCCCUGGAACUGAAGAGGACGAAUGGACAAUUGUCUCCCCUAAAGAUGGUGUAAAGGGGACAUCAUUUACAAUUACAAAUCUAAAAGAAAAUCAGGAAUACAAAAUUAAUGUGUCCGCUGUAAAUUGUGAGGGUAUUGGAGAAGCAGCACCUGUACCAGGUUCACCUAAAGCAGAGGAACGACUCAUACCACCAGAGGCUGACCUUGAUGCUGAACUUCGUAAGAUUGUGAACAUCAGAGCAUGCAAUACACUAAGACUUUUUGUGCCAAUUAGAGGUAGACCAACACCAGAGGCCAAAUGGUCAAGAGAGAAUGAUGAACCUUUAGACAGAGCUACCACUGAAACAACGUCAUCUUUUACAUCACUGGUUAUUGCCAAUGUGAAUAGAUUUGACAGUGGCAAAUACAAUUUGACUGUAGAAAACAACUCUGGAGCAAAGACAGUCUCUGUAAUAGUUAGAGUUCUAGAUACACCUGGAGCACCACAAAACCUAAAAAUAAGCCAGGUCACUAAAGAAUCUGUUUCACUUGUUUGGGAUCCUCCACUUAAUGAUGGCGGCACAAAAAUUAAGAAUUAUAUUGUUGAGAAGCGUGAGGCUACAAGAAAGGCAUAUGCUACAGUAAAUGCCAAUUGUCACAAAACUACUUACACAGUUGACCAGCUCCAAGAAGGAUGCAACUACUAUUUCAGAGUUCUGGCAGAAAAUGAAUAUGGCAUUGGUCUCCCUAUGGAGACUGGUGAAUCUGUUAAAGUGUCUGAGAAGCCACUUCCCCCUGGCAAGAUUGCACUUCAGGAUGUCACAAAGACAAGUGUGACAUUAUCAUGGGAAAAGCCUGAACAUGAUGGAGGAAGCAGAGUGGUUGCAUAUGUUGUAGAGAUGCAGAGCAAAGGGAAUGAAAAAUGGACACAAGUUGUGAUUGUCAAGGUACCUGAAGCAGUUAUUACUGGGCUUGUACCUGGUGAAGAGUAUAUGUUCCGUGUUUCUGCAAGGAAUGAAAAGGGAACCAGUGAUCCUCGUCAAAUUGGUGUGCCUGUGAUUGCCAAAGACCUUGUAAUUGCUCCAUCUGCUAAAAUGUUGUAUUCCACAUUCAGUGUCCUGGCAGGAGAAGAUUUGACAAUUGAUAUUCCAUAUAAUGCUCGUCCCAAAGCUACCAUUUCAUGGCUAAAGGAAGCAGUUCCACUUAAACGAACAACCAGAGUUAACUUUUCCACUAUGGAUACACAGCUGAAUUUAGUAAUCAAAGAGGCCUGUAGAGAUGAUGUUGGCCAGUAUAGUAUUAAACUAUCAAAUACAGCUGGUGAGACAAAAGUAGACAUUAGAAUUGUAGUUCUUGACAAACCUGGUCCACCAACAGGCCCUGUUAAAGUUGAUGAAGUAACAUCUGACAGUGUUACCAUUUCUUGGCAGCCACCAGAGUAUGACGGAGGCUGCACCAUUAAUAACUAUAUAGUAGAAAAGAGGGACACAUCCACAACUAAUUGGCAGAUUGUAGCAGCAAAUCUAGCAAGAACUCAAAUUAAGGCAGGAAGACUGAAGACAGGCUCUGAAUAUCAAUUCAGAAUUGCAGCAGAGAACAGAUAUGGCAAAAGCCCUCUGCUUGUGUCUGAAUGUGUGGUUGCACAGUACCCGUACAAACUACCGGGCCCUCCUGGAACACCUUUCUUGCAGUCUUCCACAAAAGAUAGUAUGGUGAUAGUGUGGAAUGAACCUGUCAUCGAUGGUGGAAGCACAAUCUUAGGGUAUCACCUUGAGCGAAAAGAGAGAAAUAGCAUUCUUUGGAUGAAACUAAACAAAAGCAUAAUUCAAGACACAACAUUCAAGACAACAGGUCUUGAAGAAGGCAUGGAAUAUGAAUUCAGAGUUUAUGCUGAAAACAUUGUUGGCAUUGGGAAGGCUAGUAAGAUCUCAGAGGGCUAUACUGCCAGAGAUCCUUGUGAUCCUCCUGGAACACCAGAAGCAGUUAGAAUCACAAAAAAUUAUAUUACAAUUGCAUGGACCAAGCCAGAGUAUGAUGGUGGAAGCAAAGUCACUGGAUAUAUUGUAGAAAAGAAGGAAUUGCCUGCAGGACGCUGGAUGAAAGCAAACUUCACCAAUAUAAUAGAGACUGAGUAUACUGCAACAGGUCUUACCGAGGAUGAGAAAUAUGAGUUCCGUGUCAUGGCAAGAAAUGCUGCUGGAGUUUUCAGUGAUCCAUCAUAUAGUACUGGACCUAUCAUGGCAAAGGAUGAGAUUGAACCACCACGUAUCAGCAUAGAUCCAGAGUACACUCAAACAAUUGUUGUAAAUGCAGGGGACAACUUCAAGAUUGAUGCAGAUAUUCAUGGAAAACCAACACCAUCAAUCUGUUGGAUGAAGGGUGAGCAGGAACUUGGAAACACCAUAUCUCGUGAAAUUAAAAGCACAGAUAGCUAUACCUGUUUGACUGUAAAGGAGGCCAAACUUGCUGAUGGAGGUCAAUAUACUCUACAUCUGCAAAAUCCAGGAGGAGAAAAGACUGUACAAGUCAAUAUUUGUGUCCUUGAUAAGCCUGGGCCACCAGAGGGACCCAUCUCUAUUACAGGUGUAACCAGUGAACAAUGCUGCCUUUCUUGGAAAUCACCUAAACAAGACGGUGGCAGUAAGAUUACUCAUUAUAUUGUUGAAAAAAGAGAGACUAGCAGACUACUUUGGACAGUUGUUGAACCCAAAGUCCAAGCUCUAAACCUUAAAAUAAUGAAACUACUAGAAGGAAAUGAAUAUAUUUUCAGAGUUUUACCAGUAAACAAAUUUGGUGUUGGUGAGCCCCUCCAAUCAAGUGCAGUUGUUAUCAAGAAUCCAUUUACACCUCCAGAUGCACCAAAAGGAGUGGAAGUCUCUAAUGUCAAGAAAAAUUCAAUGGUCAUAACCUGGGAGGCCCCAACAAAUGAUGGAGGUACUCCUAUCACUGGUUAUAUUAUUGAGAAACAUGACAAGGAAGGCAUUAGAUGGACCAGAUGCAACAUGAAAACAGUUACUAACCUCACAUUUAAAGUUACUGGACUCCUGGAGAACCACCUCUACGAAUUUAGAGUUUCUGCUGAGAAUGCUGCUGGAGUUAGUGAGGCAAGUUCUGCAACUGUAUUCUAUAAAGCCCUGGAUCCUGUAUUCAAGCCAGGUCCACCACAUAAUCCAAAAGUGUUAGACAUGACCAAAUCAUCUGUUGUACUUGCAUGGGGAAAGCCUAUUUAUGAUGGUGGCUGUGAAAUCCAGGGAUAUAUUGUUGAAGCAUGUGAAGCAAAAACAGCCAUAGAGGAGACACAGGCUCCAGGAGAAGAAGGAAAGGCAGCUGCAGAUGAAUGGACAAUCUGCACUCAACCAACAGGUGUUAAACUGACAUGCUUUAAUGUGGAAAAUCUGAAAGAAAAGCAGGAAUAUAAAUUCAGGGUUUGUGCAGUUAACAAGGUUGGUGUUGGGGAGCAUGCUGAUGUUGCAGGGUCCAUACUGCCAGAGGACAAAACUGAGGAACCGGAUCUUGAUAUUGAUGCUGAGUUUAGAAAGGUUGUACGUAUUAAAGCUGGAGGUUCUCUUAGAAUGUUCAUCCCUUUCAAAGGAAGACCAGCACCACAAAUCAAAUGGGAAAAAGAUGGUGGGCAGAUUAAGGAAACAGCACAGACUGAGACCAGCAGCAGUCACACUUCUCUUGUGAUUGAUAAAGUCAACAGGGCAGACAGUGGUAAAUACACUGUUACUGCAGAAAACUCUGCUGGUGCAAAAUCUGAAACAAUUAUUGUGAAAGUCCUUGACACACCAAGCGCUUCUCUCAACUUCAAAGUUAAAGAAAUUACAAAAGAAUCUGUUACUCUUACAUGGGAGCCUCCCAUUUUAGAUGGUGGAGCAAAGAUCAAAAAUUACAUUGUUGAAAAACGUGAGAGCACAAGAAAAACAUUUUCUGCUGUUGUCACAAACUGCCACAAACUCUCUUGGAAAGUUGAACCACUUCAAGAAGGCUGCAGUUACUAUUUUAGAGUGCUUGCAGAAAAUGAACAUGGUAUAGGGCUACCUGCCGAUAUCACAUAUCCUUUGAAGGUUUCAGAGGUACCACAAUGUCCUGGAAAAUUAAGUGUUCUAGAUGUUACUAAAACAAGUGUGUCUCUUUCUUGGGAAAAGCCAAUUCAUGAUGGUGGCAGUAGAAUUCUUCAAUACCUUGUUGAAAUGCAGGUCAAGGGUAAUGAUAAAUGGUCUGGAUGUGCCAAUGUAAAAACACUGGAAGCUGUAAUCAGUAAUUUGAACCCUGGCGAAGAGUACACUUUCAGAGUAAUUGCUAUCAAUGAAAAAGGAAAGAGUGACCCAAGAACACUUGCUGUCCCCGUGCAAGCAAAGGACCUUGUCUUUGGGCCUGAUGUAAGACCUGCAUUUAGCAACUACAGUGUUCUUGUUGGAAAGGACCUUCAAGUUGAAAUCCCAGUUUCUGGUCGUCCAAAGCCAAAGGUUACAUGGACAAAGGAUGGUGCAGCCCUCAAGUUCACAACAAGGGUUAACAUUUCUAAUACAGCACACAGCACUGUUCUUAACAUCAAAGAAGCAGCAAGAGAAGAUGGUGGAAUGUAUGGAAUAAACGUGUCCAAUGUUGUUGGACAAAAGGAUGCCACCAUUGAAAUCAUCACUCUUGAUAAACCUGGCCCACCAACUGGCCCUGUGCGAUUUGAUGAGAUAACUGUUUCAAGCGUUACAUUGUCGUGGGAUCCUCCAAAGUAUACUGGUGGUUGCCCAAUUUCAAAUUAUAUUGUGCAAAAGAGAGAUACAACUUCUACAACAUGGGAGAAUGUUGCAAUUUCAUUAGCAAGAACAACACUUAAAGUCGUACGACUGAAGACCGGUGCUGAAUAUCAAUUCAGAAUCAUUGCUCAGAACAGGUAUGGCAAGAGCUAUGCUCUGGACUCUUCAACUGUUGUUGCUCAGUAUCCAUAUAGAGAACCAGGACCACCAGGAACUCCAUUUGUGUCAUGUCUAUCAAAGGACCAUAUGGUUGUUGAGUGGAAUGAGCCAGUUUCAGAUGGCGGCAGCACCAUUAUUGGAUAUCAUCUUGAAAGGAAGGAGAGAAACAGCAUUCUUUGGACAAAGAUAAAUAAGACACUGAUUCAAGAAACAAGACUCAAAACCAGUCCUUUAGAGGAAAGUGUUGAAUACGAGUUCAGAGUAUAUGCUGAAAAUAUUGUUGGCAUUGGAAGAUGCAGCAAAAUCUCAGAGGGCUUUGUUGCUCGUGAUCCAUGUGAUCCUCCUGGAACCCCAGAAGCUGUCCAUGUGACUAAAAAUUCAAUAACUAUUCAGUGGACAAAGCCAGAGUAUGAUGGUGGAAGUGUUAUCACUGGUUAUACUGUUGAGAAACGUGAUCUUCCUGAAGGACGCUGGAUGAAAGCAAGUUUCACAAAUGUUAUUGAAACCAAUUUUACUGUCACUGGGCUGACAGAAGGUGCCAAGUACGACUUCAGGGUAAUUGCAAAGAAUGCAGUUGGCACUAUCAGCAAACCAUCAUACAACAGUGGACCUAUUGCUGCAUUGGAUGAGGUAGAGCCACCAAAGUUCUCUAUUGACCCAGAAUACACUCAGACUCUAAUUGUGAAUGCGGGAGAUACAUUCAAACUUGAUGCUGAUGUUUAUGGUAAGCCACUUCCUGCAAUCCAGUGGUUUAAGAAUGACAAGGAGCUUGAAAACACAAUUAGAUGUGACAUCAGGAACACUGACAACAGAGCAUUGAUUAUAGUAAAAGAUGCAGUCAGACAAGAUGGUGGAAACUACACUCUUCAGCUCACUAAUGUUGCUGGAUCUCAGACCGUUCAAUUCCAUGUUAAAGUCCUUGAUAAACCAGGUCCACCAGAAGGGCCUCUUCAUGUCACAGGCGUGUCCAGUGAUAAAUGCACACUGAUAUGGCAUGCUCCACUAGAUGAUGGAGGAAACACUAUCACUCAUUACAUUAUUGAGAGACGUGAGACAAGUCGACUUGCUUGGACUGUGGUCUGUAAUGAUUGCAAAACUACAACAUACAAAGUGACAAAGCUCCUGGAAGGCAACGAAUAUAUAUUCCGUGUCAUGGCUGUGAACAGUUACGGUGUUGGGGAGCCAAUUGAGGCACCAUCCGUAAUAAUGAAAGAUCCAUUUAGUCAACCUGGAUCACCACAAAUGAUCGAAGUAACAAAUAUUGCAAAGGACUCUAUGAUUAUUUGCUGGAGUGCACCAGAUACUGAUGGUGGAAGUGAAAUUCUUGGUUACAUCAUUGAGAAGAGAGACAGAUCUGGAAUUAGAUGGACAAGGUGCAACAGAAAAAAAGUAACUGAUGUAUGCUUCAGAGUGCAUGGCCUAAUUGAGGAUCAUGAGUAUGAAUUCAGAAUGUCAGCUGAAAAUGCAGCUGGAAUUGGAGAACCAAGCUUGCCAACUUCAUACUACAAGGCUUGUGAUCCCAAAUACAAACCUGGCCCACCCAUGCAUGCACAUGUUGUUGAUACCACCAAGACUUCAAUUACAGUGGCAUGGGGAAAACCCCUUAAUGAUGGAGGAUGUGCAAUUCAAGGAUAUAUUGUAGAGAUCUGCAAAGCUGAAGAGGAAGAAUGGACUAUGUGCACUCCCCCUACUGGCUUACGUGUCAACAAAUUUGAAAUCACUAAGCUAACAGAACAACAAGAAUAUAAGAUUCAAAUAUGUGCCAUCAAUAAAUUAGGUGUUGGAGAACCUGCAGUUAUUCCAGGAACUGCCAAGCCUGAGGACAAGCUGGAGACCCCUGAAAUUCACCUUGAUUCAGAGCUAAGGAAAGGCAUUGUUGUUCGUGCAGGAGGAUCAAUAAGAAUCAAUGUACCAUUCAAAGGUAGACCAAUACCAGAUAUCAAAUGGACUAAAGACGAAGGUGAACUGUCAGAAAAGACAGUGCUUGAAAAGGGUCUUAACUUCACCCAGCUUUCAAUUGACUCCUGUGAUAGAAGGGACUCUGGAAAAUACACUGUUACUCUACAGAACAGCAGUGGCUCUGUAUCUGAAUUUGUGGCUGUUAAAGUGUUAGAUACACCUGGAGCACCACUAAACCUCGUAAUAAAGGAUAUCAAGAAGGACUCUGUUACACUUGUUUGGGAACCACCACUUAUUGAUGGAGGUGCAAAGAUCAAGAAUUAUAUUGUUGACAAGCGUGAAUCCACAAGAAAAGCCUAUGCAAAUAUAACAACCAAGUGCAGCAAAACAACUUAUAAGGUGGAAGAUCUUGCAGAGGGGGCCAUGUAUUAUUUCAGAGUUAUGGCUGAAAAUGAAUACGGUGUUGGUUUGCCGGUUGAAACAAAAACUGCUUCAAAGGCAUCUGAAGUACCUCAGCCAGUUGGAAAGGUGAUGCUGACGGAUGUGACAAAAGUAAGUGCAUCUCUGGCCUGGGAAAAGCCAGAGCAUGAUGGAGGUAGUAGGAUUGCGGGCUACUUGAUUGAAAUGCAGCCGAAAGGAACUGACAAAUGGGGUGUAGCAGCAAAUGUAAAAACAUGUGAGGGAAUAGUCACUGGACUGACUGGCGGUCAGGAAUAUUUGUUCCGUGUUUUGGCAUACAAUGAGAAAGGCAAAAGUGAGCCAAAGACCCUUGCUGCUCCAGUUAUUGCCAACGACCUCACAAUUGAACCAAGCCUAAAGUUGCAGUUCAAUACAUAUAGCGUCAAAUCUGGAAAGGAUUUCAAACUUGAAAUACCUAUUUUUGGACGUCCAAAACCAAAGAUCACUUGGUCAAAGGAUGGACAGUCACUUAAAGUAACAUCCAGAGUUACUACUUUCUUAACACCAACAUCCACAAUCCUGCAGAUUACUGAAGCCUGUAAAGAUGACCUUGGAAAGUAUACAGUUACCGCAACAAACAGUGUUUGUGCAGUUACAGAAGAUAUCAGUAUCAUAAUCCUGGAUAAACCUGGUCCACCCACAGGACCAAUAAAAGUGAAUGAAGUGAGCAACAAUUCUGUUUCCAUCUCAUGGGAACCUCCGGAGUAUACAGGAGGCUGCCAAGUAAAGCAUUAUAUUGUUGAAAAGCGAGACACCACUGAAACUACUUGGCAAGUAGUUGCUGGAUCAGUUGCCAGGACAUCCCUCAAAAUUACCAAGCUGAAAACAGGUGCUGAGUAUCAGUUUAGAGUCAUUGCUGAGAACAGAUAUGGUAAGAGUGCUCCUUUGGAUUCAAAGUCCAUUGUUGUGCAGUAUCCUUACAAACCACCUGGUCCACCUGGUACUCCAUAUGUGAAAUCUGCCACCAAGGAUCAAAUGAUAAUUGAGUGGAAUGAACCAGUCAGUGAUGGUGGCAGUUCAGUGAUUGGAUACCACCUUGAGAGCAAAGAAAGAAGUAGUAUUCUAUGGACAAAACUAAACAAAACACUUAUUACUGAUACUGUUUUCAAAAUAUGCAAUCUUGAAGAAGGCAUUGGUUAUGAAUUCAGGGUAUAUGCUGAAAACAUUGUUGGUAUUGGCAGAGCAAGCAAAGUUUCAGAGAGCUUUGUUGCCCGUGAUCCAUGUGAUCCACCUGGAACACCUGAGGCUGUUACAAUAUCAAAGGACCACAUUAAGAUUCAGUGGACAAAGCCUCAAUAUGAUGGUGGCAGCAAAGUGACUGGAUAUAUUGUUGAGAGAAGAGAUUUGCCUGAGGGCCGAUGGAUGAGGGCAAAUUUUACCAAUGUAAUUGAGACAGAAUUUACAAUCACAGGCUUAACGGUAAACAAUCAAUAUGAAUUUAGAGUAAUUGCAAGAAAUGCAGUGGGUGUCUUCAGCGAGCCUUCAGACAGCACUGGACCAAUUACUGCUACAGAUGAAAUUGAACCUCCUAGUGUUUCAAUGGAUCCUAAGUACAAGGAUGUCAUUGUUGUCAGUGCUGGAGACAACAUAGUUUUGGAUGCAGAUAUACACGGUAAACCAACACCUGAUAUUCAGUGGCUAAAAGAAGGAAAGGAAAUGGAUAAGAUAUUGCGUAUUGAAGUAAGAAUUACUCAAAAAUAUGCUUCCAUUACAAUAAAAGAUUGUACAAGAUUGGAUGGUGGAGACUAUGACCUUGUAUUAAGUAACUGUGGUGGAACAAAAUCAAUUCCAAUAAAAGUAAAAGUUCUUGACAGACCAGGUCCACCAACCGGACCAUUACGAGUGACUGGCAUCAUGUCUGACAAAUGUCAUCUGUCCUGGUCUGAGCCCUUGCAGAAUGGUGGAGCUAAUAUAUCUCAUUAUAUCCUUGAGAAAAGGGAAACUAGCAGACUAUCAUGGACUGUUGUUGAUUCUAACAUUCCUAGUGUAAAUUAUAAGGUGACCAAGCUCCUGCCAGGUGAUGAGUAUAUCUUUAGAGUUAUGGCUGUCAACAAAUAUGGCAUUGGUGAACCUCUAGAAUCUGAGGCAAUUAUUGCACGCAAUCCAUACAAGCCACCAAGUGUGCCAUCAACACCAGAAGCAAGUGAGAUAACAAAGGAUUCAAUAACUCUAUCAUGGAAUGCCCCAGAGAGUGAUGGUGGAGCAGAAAUUAAGUGUUAUCACUUAGAGAAGCGUGACAAAGAUGGUGUGAGGUGGACAAAAUGCAACCGACAGAAGCUGACCGAUCUGCAUUUCAAAGUAACUGGUCUGUCAGAGGGACAUUUCUAUGAGUUCCAUGUGUCUGCUGAAAAUGAAGCUGGUGUGGGAGAAUUUAGUGAUCUAUCUCUGUUUUAUAGAGCAAUAAAUGCCACAACUCCCCCAGGUCCACCUCAUCAUCCUAAAGUGACAGAUCACACAAGCUCAUCUGUCUCUCUGUCUUGGGGAAAACCUGCUACUGAUGGUGGUGCAUAUAUUAAAGGUUAUAUUGUUGAGAUGAAAGAGGUUUCUUCAGAGGAAUGGAUCAUAUGCACACCCCCAGCUGGUAUUCAAGCAACACGCCUCACAGUUGAAAGCCUGAAGGAAAAUGCUGAAUAUAACUUCCGUGUUUGUGCAAUUAAUUCUGAAGGAGUUGGUGAACCUGCUGAUGUUCAUGGAUCAGUGACUGCAUCUGAAAAGAUUGAAGCACCUGAGAUUGAACUUGAUGCUGACCUCAGGAAAGUUGUCUCUGUUCGUGCAGGAGGAUCCCUUCGUCUUUUCAUUACAAUUAGAGGUCGACCUGAGCCAUCCGUCAAAUGGGAAAAGGAGGAUGGGACUCUAACUGAGCGUGCUCAGAUUGAAUCCACCAGUUCAUACACCAUGCUUGUAAUUGACAAUGUCAGUAGAUUUGACAGUGGAAAAUAUAACUUGACUCUUGAGAACAAGAGCGGCACAAAAUCUGCAUUUGUGAAUGUCAGGGUGCUUGAUACACCAAGUUCUCCACAGAAGUUUGAAGUGAAAGAUGUAAAGAAAGAUUCAGUAACUCUCUGCUGGGACACACCGCUUACAGAUGGUGAGGCUAAAAUAACCAAUUAUGUGGUUGAAAAGCGAGAAUCUACAAGAAAAGCUUAUACAACUGUCACAAGCAACUGCACACAGACUUCCUUUAAAGUUGAUGAACUGCAGGAAGGAGGAAUUUUCUACUUCCGUGUAUGUGCUGUUAAUGAGUAUGGCUUUGGUGUGAUGGCAGAAACAAAGAAUCCUAUUAAGGUUGCACAGGUACCAAUGCCUCCAGGAAAAGUAACUCUUGUGGAUGUCACGAAGAAUAGUGUGACACUUACUUGGGUUAAGCCUGUCCACGAUGGAGGGAGCAAAAUCAUCUGCUACAAUGUAGAGAUGCAACCCAAGAGUAGUGACAAAUGGGGUGUAAGCUGCACAGUUAAGGUUCCAGAGGCAACUGUGAGCAACCUCACGCCUGGUGAAACAUACUCAUUCAGGGUUAUUGCACUGAAUGAGAAGGGCAAGAGUGAGCCUCAAGAACUUGGUGUACCUGUUGUAGCUAAAGAUAUUGAGAUUGAACCCUCUGUUCAUCUGCUGUUCAAUACAUACAGUGUUAAGGCUGGAGAAGAUCUUACUGUGGAAGUUCCUGUGAGAGGCAGGCCUAAGCCAGUUGUCUCUUGGAAGAAGGAUGGCCUUCCUUUGAGGCAAACAACCUCUCUUUCAAUUGUCAACACGAUGGUGUCAAGCAAAAUUGUCAUCAAAGAAGCUGCUAUUGAACAUGUUGGUAAAUAUGAAAUCACUCUUGCUAAUACAGCAGGCACCAAGUCCACAGACAUUGGCAUUGUUGUUCUUGAUAAACCUGGGCCACCAGCUUCAGUGAAGGUUGAUGCUGUGACUUCUGACAGUAUUACAUUGUCAUGGGCCCCUCCAGAAUAUGAUGGUGGAUGCUCCAUCAAUAAUUACAUUGUUGAGAAGAGAGAUACUAACACAACAGAGUGGCAGAUUGUUUCAACAAAUGUUGCCAGAACCUCAGUCAAAGUACCUCGAUUGACACAGGGUUCUGAGUACCAGUUCCGCAUCUAUGCAGUGAAUCGUUAUGGAAAGGGUAAGCCAAUUGACUCUCCAGGAAUUACUGCAGAGUACACAUUUAAACAGCCUGGCCCACCUUCUACGCCCCGUGUUGCUCAUGCCACCAAGGUUUUCAUGCUCGUCACAUGGAAUGAGCCAGUUAAUGAUGGUGGUAGCACAGUCCUUGGCUAUCAUUUAGAACGCAAGGAGAGAAGCAGUAUUCUUUGGACAAAGGUGAACAGGACAAUAAUCAAGGAUACUGAAUUCAAAGUAACUGGAAUUGAGGAAGGUAUGAUGUAUGAAUUCCAUGUCUAUGCUGAAAAUAUUGCUGGAAUUGGCAAAGCAAGCAAAGCCAGUGAGCCCAUAGCUGCACGAGAUCCCUGCGAUCCUCCUGGUCAGCCUGUGGUAACUAGCAUUACCAAAUCCUCUGUUUCUCUUUCUUGGACCAAGCCUGAGUAUGACGGUGGAGCCAAAGUUACUGGCUACAUAAUUGAGCGUAGAGAUCUUCCAGAGGGUCGCUGGAUAAGAUGCAAUUUUACCAAUGUUGUAGAGACUUAUUUUGAUGUUACUGGCCUAACAUUGGAUGAGAAAUAUGAUUUCCGUGUCAUCGCAAAGAAUGCUGCUGGACUAUUCAGUGAGCCAUCUGAUAACACUGGUCCUAUUACAGUUAAAGAUAAUGUAGAUCCACCACGCAUUAUGAUGGAUGUCAAGUUCAAGGAUGUUGUGGUAGUAAAAGCUGGGGAAACCCUGAAGAUUAAUGCUGACAUUGCAGGGCGCCCUCUUCCAGUUGCAUCUUGGUCAAAGGAUGGACAUGAAAUUGAACAGAAGGCAAGAAUUCAGAUAACUGGAACAGAUACUAGUACUAUGAUAGUAGUUAAAGACUGCAAAAGGAGUGAUUCUGGACAGUACGCUUUGACUUUAAAGAAUGUUGCAGGAAGUGUCACAACACCAGUAAACUGUGUUAUUCUGGAUAAACCAGGACCUUCAGCAGGACCACUAUCAGUAACAGGCCUCACAGCAGAGGAGUGCACACUGUCAUGGGGACCACCACAAGAAAUUGGUGGCUCUGAAAUAACACAUUAUAUUGUUCAGAAACGAGAGACCAGUCGAUUGGCAUGGACACUUGUACAUGGAGAGGUCAAAACUACAACAUUCAAGGUCACUAAGCUCCUAAAAGGAAAUGAAUACAUAUUCAGAGUAUUAGCUGUCAACAAAUUUGGACUUGGUGAAGCCCUUGAAAGUGAAAUGGUCAAGGUCACUGAACCAUACACUAUCCCAGGAGCUCCAACAAAUGUUGAAAUUACAAGUGUGACCAGUGAGGAAAUGAAGCUAACUUGGACAAAACCUGCAUCUGAUGGAGGCAGCGAGAUCCUUGGAUAUAUAAUUGAAAGGCGAGAGAAAUCUGGUCUUCACUGGGUCCGUGUGAACAGGGACCUUGUGAAAGACCUAACAGCUGUAAUAUCAAAAGUAAGAAGAGGAUGUGAGUAUGAGUUUAGGGUUUAUGCUGAAAAUUCAGCAGGCUUGAGUCCAGCCAGUGACCCAUCUCCUUCAGCAAGGGCAGAGGAUGAACUGUUGGUACCAUCCCCACCAACUAAACCUAAGAUUCUGGAUCAUACCAAGAAUUCUAUUACUAUUGCCUGGAAAAAGCCAUUAUCUGAUGGUGGUGCACAGAUCCUCGGAUACAGUGUAGAAUAUAAGAAUUCUGAGGUUACAGAAUGGAUUGUGGCUAUUCAGAUGACAAAAAGCAAUGAAUUCACAGUUUCUGGUCUUACAACUGAUGUACAGUAUGUAUUUGCUGUUAAAGCAAUCAACAAAGUUGGUGUCAGUGAACAGUCGCCUGUCUCUGAGUCACAGUCAGCAACGGAGAGAAAGGAGGAACCUGUAUUUGACAUUGACAUUGAGAUGCGAAAAACUUUAAUUGUCAAGCAUGGUAAUUCAUUCACUUUGACGGCUCCAUUUAAAGGAAAGCCAGUGCCUUCAGUUACAUGGAAUAAAGAGGAGGUCGAUCUCAAAGCAAGGGCAAGCAUAGAAACAACAGAAACAUGCACAUCUGUUACUAUUGAGAAAGCAACACGAAAUGACUCUGGACAAUACAUUGUUACUUUGGACAAUGGUGUUGGAACAGCAUCUUUGCCAGUGAUGAUCAAAGUCCUUGAUACCCCUGGACCACCAACUAAUGUGAAAAUUACUGAAGUCACAAAAGAUUCUGCUACAGUUACUUGGGAACCUCCAGAGAAUGAUGGAGGAGAUGCUGUUAAGGCUUAUCAUGUUGAGAAACGUGAAGCAAGCAAAAAGGCUUGGGUAUGCGUAACAAGCAACUGUCACAGUCUGACAUACAGGGUUGAAGACUUGCAAGAAGGUGCAAUCUACUACUUUAGAGUCACUGGAGAAAAUGAGUUUGGAACAGGUGUAACUGCUGAAACUAAAGAUGGAACCAAGAUAACAGAAAAACCAAGUCCACCUGCUAGGCUUGGCGUUUCUGCAGUAACAAAGAAUACCGUCACCAUUGCAUGGUCAAAACCAGAGUAUGAUGGUGGAAGCCGAAUUACCAGCUACCUCAUUGAUGCCCUUGAAAAGGGCCAACAGAAGUGGGUUAAAUGUGCCACUGUUAAAGCCAACACCCACAUUAUUAAGAACCUAAGGGAAAAUGCAGAAUACUUUUUCAGAGUUCGUGCUGAGAAUCAUGCUGGACUUAGCGAACCAAAAGAAAUGAUUAUUCCUGUGGUUGUGAAAGAUCAACUUGAUGCGCCUGAGUUUGAUAUGAAGAAUUUCCCACAUAACAGUGUUUAUGUGAGGGCAGGAUCAAAUCUUAAAUUUGAGCUUCCUCUCUCGGGUAAACCAAUGCCAAAAGUCACAAUGUCAAGAGGCAAUGCUCCAGUUAAGUGCGGCAAGAGAUUUAGCUAUGAAGUAACCCCUGAAAGUCUCAAUAUCAACCUCAAGGAAAGCACUGCAAGUGAUGCUGGAAGAUAUGACAUUGUUGCCUCAAACACAAGUGGAACCACCAAGAUGUUUGUAAAUAUACUGGUCCUGGAUAGACCAGGUCCUCCAGUCGGUCCUGUUGAAGUUAGUGAUGUGAGGGAGACAAGCUUGUGUCUCAAAUGGCUCCCACCUGUGUAUGAUGGUGGCAGUCCUGUUACAAACUAUGUUGUUCUUAAACGUGAAACAAGUACUCCAGCCUGGACAGAAGUGUCUUCCACAAUUGCAAGAAGCACUGUUAAAGUCACCAAACUGACAAAGGGAGAAGAAUACCAGUUCAGGGUUAAAGCUGAGAAUCGCUUUGGCAUCAGUGAUCACAUUGAUUCUCAGUCAGUUACAGUGAAGCUUCCAUACACUAUACCUGGACCACCAUCAACACCAUGGCUGGGUUAUGUGUCAAGGGAGAGCCUCACUGUUUGCUGGAAUGAGCCAGUAGUAGAUGGAGGAAGCCCAGUGGUUGGAUACCAUGUCCAAAUGAAAGAAAGCAGCAGCAUUCUUUGGCAGACAGUGAACAAAACAGCAAUCCCUGCAACUCAAAUUAGAGUGACAAAUAUAUGUCCUGGAAUGAUUUACGAAUUCAAAGUAGCUGUAGAAAAUGCAGCUGGCAUUGGAAAGUUCAGCAAGACAUCAGAAGAAGUGCUAGCAAUUGAUGCCUGUGAACCACCGGCAAAUGUGAGAAUUUCUGAGGUUACAAAAAAUUCAAUUAGCCUUGUAUGGCAGAAGCCUCCAUUUGAUGGUGGAAGCAAAAUCACUGGCUACAUGGUUGAGCGAAGAGAUGCUCCAAAUGGCAGAUGGACAAAGGCAAACUUUACCAAUGUCAUUGAUACUAACUUCACUGUAUCAGGCUUGACUCAGGAUCAGGCAUAUGAAUUCAGGAUUUUUGCAAAGAAUGCAGUUGGCUCGAUCAGCAAUCCAUCUCUAAUUGCAGGACCAGUAACUUGUGUCGACAUUUCUGGUGCUCCAGUAAUUGACCUGCCCCCAGAGUAUUUGGAUGUUGUGCAAUACAAAGCUGAUACAUCAUUCAAAAUCAAAGUGGGAAUAUUUGCUAAACCCUUGCCAACUAUUGAAUGGCUUAAAGAUGAAAAGGAGCUAGUGUCAAGUGCACAGCUGUCAAUUGAGAACACAACUGACUCAUCUGCCAUCCUCAUUAAGGAUGCUAGUCGUCUUAAUACUGGAACCUAUGAGCUCAAAAUCAAGAAUGUGUUUGGCACAGCGUCUGCUUCUAUCAGAAUACAGAUUUUGGACAAACCUGGACCUCCAGCUGGACACAUUGAAUUCAAAUCAGUCUCUGCUGACAAGAUAACAAUUGCAUGGGAACCAGUGGCUGAUGAAGGAGGCGCCAAAGUAACUCAUUACAUUGUAGAAAAACGAGAGACAAGUAGAGUAGUGUGGUCCCCAGUUUCUGAAGCAAUGGAAGCACGUACUGUCACUGUCCAAAAGUUGACCAGAGGAAAUGAAUACAUAUUCCAUGUCAGAGGUGUUAACAAAUUUGGAGCUGGAGAUCCUCUGGAGUCUGAGCCUGUAAUUGCCAAAAAUGCAUUUGUUACUCCUGGACAAACUUCUACACCUGAAGCAACAGAUAUCACCAGAACAUCAAUGCAGAUUGUUUGGGAUAAACCAAGUGUGGAUGGUGGUAGCAUGGUUACAGGAUACUAUCUGGAGAGACGUGACAAGAAGAGCCUGCGCUGGGUAAAAGUGUACAAGGACCCCAUUAGUGACACCAAAGCAAAGGCCCAUCAUCUCACAGAAGGAAAUGAAUAUCAGUAUCGUGUAUGUGCAAUCAAUAAAGCUGGGGAAGGUCCAUACUCUGAUGUUUCUGACUUGUACAAAGCUGCUGAUCCAGUUGACCCACCAUGUGAACCAACUAAGCUCAAGGUAGUGGACUCAACUAAAACAUCAAUCACACUUGGAUGGUCAAAGCCAGAGUAUGAUGGAGGCAGUGAAAUCACCAGCUAUGUUGUAGAAAAAAGAGUUGGUGAGGAAGGGGAGUGGACAGUGAUUAGCCAUAAGGGAGAAGUGAGAACCACAGAGUAUGUUGCCUCAGACCUUAAACCAGAUAUUGACUACUACUUCCGUGUAUCGGCUGUUAAUUGUGCUGGACGUGGAGACCCAAUAGAAAUGGAAGAGCCAGUACAAGCCAAGGACAUUCUUGAGGAAGCCCAGGUUGAUACGGAUGUUGCAAUGAGAACUCACUACAUUGUGAAAGCUGGUAAAGAUGUUGAAAUCAUGGUGCCCCUGAAAGGCAGACCUGCUCCAAGUGUCUCUUGGAAGAAGGAAGACCAAAACAUUGACAAUGAUCCUAAAUAUGACAUUCACAACACAGACACGUCAUCGUGUCUCAUAAUUACACAAGUAACUCGAAAUGACACUGGUAAAUACACCAUUAAUAUAUCAAAUGGUGUAGGAGAACCAAAGUCCUUAACUGUGUCUGUUAAAGUACAGGACACUCCAGCUGCUUGUAGGAAUUUGAUUUUGAAAGACGUCACUCGUGGGAAAGUUACACUUUGCUGGGAGCCUCCUCUACUGGAUGGUGGCGCUGAAAUUACCAAUUAUGUUGUUGAGAAAAGAGACUCUUCUAAGCGUACAUAUGCCUGUGUAACAAAUAAGUGCAAGGAAACCACAUGUGUAAUUGAAGAACUCUCUGAGAAAGCAUCAUUCUUCUUCCGUGUAUUAGCCGAAAAUGAGAAUGGCGUUGGAGAUCCAUGUGAAACAGCAGAGCCAGUUAAAGCCACAGAGACACCAGGACCAGUCAAAGACCUUUCUAUGAAAGACUCCACAAAGACUUCAGUAACACUACAAUGGAACAAACCAGAUUAUGAUGGUGGUAGCAUUAUUACAGACUAUAUAAUUGAAAAUAAACUCCAAGGUCAAGAAGAAUGGGCCCCUGCUGGCACAAACAAGCACUGUGAACAUGAAGUAACAAAGCUUAAGGAACUCACUGAAAUGUUUUUCAGAGUUUGUUCCAAGAAUGAAAAGGGUACUAGUGUCUUUGUUGAAAUCGGACCAAUUAAAGUAAAGGACUACAUUAUCUCACCAGAAGCAAACCUUGAAGAGUAUCCUGAUGGACAAAUCAGUGUACGUUUGGGACACAAUGUUCACGUUGAAUUGCCAUACAAGGGUAAACCAAGACCAACCAUUCUUUGGUUAAAGGACAAUUUACCACUGAAAGAGAGUGAAAAAAUACGCUUCAAGAAGACUGAAAACAAAGCCACUCUUAUGAUAAAAAAUGUGGAGAAAGAGAAUGGAGGCAAAUACACACUUACUCUUGACAACACAUUCUUCAGAAAAUCUUUUCAUAUACAGGUUAUUACCCUUGGACCACCCUCUAAACCUAUUGGACCCAUCCGCUUGGAUGAGGUCAGAGCAGAAAGUAUAGCUAUAUCUUGGGAUGAGCCAAAUGAUAAUGGGGGUGGAGAAAUCACUUGUUACACUGUUGAGAAACGUGACACCUCUCAGACAGACUGGAAAAUGGCUUGUUCAAGUGUGAUUGGAACAUCAUUUAAGGUACCCAAUCUGAUCAAGGGAAUUCAAUAUCAGUUCAGAGUCUGUGCAGAGAAUAGAUAUGGUGCAAGUGAACCUUUAGUUUCACAAAAUGUCAUUGCCAAGCAUGAGUUCAGACCACCUGGCCCACCAGGCAUGCCAGUGGUUUACAAUGUUACAAAUGAUGGAAUGACUAUUCAUUGGGAUGCACCUAUUUUUGAUGGAGGUUGUCCAAUCCUUGGGUUCCAUGUUGAAAAGAAGGAGAAGAACAGCAUAAUGUGGCAAAAGGUCAACAUAGUCUUGGUCAAAGAAAGGGAGUACAGGAUUCCUGGUCUUAUUGAAGGCUUGGAAUAUCAGUUCAGAGUCUACGCCCAGAAUGACGCUGGAUACAGUCGCAUGAGUGAUGCAAGCAAACCUGUUAUGGCUGUUUCUCCAGUUGAUCCUCCUGGUACCCCUGACUACGUUGAUGUAACAAGUGAAUCAGUUAAACUGAAAUGGGAAGCACCCAAGCGUGAUGGUGGAAGCAAAAUUGUUGCCUAUAAUGUGGAAAAACGACAGGGCAAAGGACGGUGGUUAAAGACCAAUUUUUCAAAUGUGACUGACACAGAAUUUACAGUGACUGGUCUUGCUUGCGGUGAACGCUAUGAAUUUAGAGUCAUAGCAAGAAAUGCUAUCGGCACAGUGAGCCCACCCUCUCAGUCUUCUGGAUAUGUCUUAAUCAGAGAUGAGAGCUUUUCUCCAAACAUUGAGUUUGGACAGGAAUACUUUGAGGGAGUCUCUAUUAAAGCUGGAGAAAUCAUCAGGCUAAAAGUAACAAUCAAAGGAAGACCAACACCAAAAGUUACCUGGUACAGAGAUAAUAUUGAAUUAACCAAGAAAAUGGUUGAUAUCACAACAAUUUCUGGAUCAAGUACCCUCUUUAUCAGAGAUGCUGACCGUAGUCAUCGCGGUCUUUAUACUGUGGAAGCCAUAAAUCCCUCAGGAUCUAAAAAGGAAUCAGUGAAAGUUGAAGUCUUUGAUACACCUGGUGAACCUGUUGGACCAAUCAUAUUCUCAAAUAUAUCUGAGGGCAAAGUAACACUUUCAUGGAAUCCACCUGAGAAUGAUGGUUGUUCUGAGGUCACUCAUUACAUUGUUGAGAAACGUGAAACCUCUAAAAUUUCAUGGGCACUUGUUACGGAUGAGUGCUUGGCAAGCACAUACACUGCCACCAAACUGAUAAAGACAAAUGAGUAUCAGUUCCGUGUUUCUGCAGUCAAUAGGUUUGGUGUUAGCAGACCACUGGAUUCAGUUCCCGUGAUCGCACAGAUGCAAUACACUGUUCCAGAUUCUCCUGGAACUCCAGAUGCAACAGAUGUUGACGGAGAGAGUAUCACAAUCAACUGGGCUCCGCCAACACAUGAUGGUGGAAACCCAAUAAAAUAUUACAUUGUGGAAAGACGUGAAAAGAAGACUGGUCGCUGGCUGAAAGUCCUAACAAGGAAACCCAUUGUUGAGGCUGCACACAGAGUGACUCAUCUCACUGAGAAUGUGGAGUAUGAAUUCCGUGUGUAUGCUGUAAAUGAUGCUGGAAUUGGAGCACCAAGCAACAUUUCAAUGCCAAUUAAAUGUGCAGAGCCAACUGAAGAACCUGAUGCCCCAUCUAUUGUCAAUGUGACUGGCACUACCAAUACAUCUGUCAGCUUGGAAUGGACCAGACCUGCCUAUGAUGGUGGUAUGGAAAUCCAUGGCUACAUUAUUGAGAUGUGCAAGGUAUCUGAAGCGGAAUGGCACAGAGUCAAUGAGGAUCUUUGUGCUGUCACAAGAUACAAUGUCACUGGUUUGGAAACUGGUGCAGAGUACAAGUUCCGUAUUUGUGCAGUCAAUUCUGUUGGAAAGGGCGAAGCCAAAGAAAUACCUGAGUCUGCACAGGCAGUAGACAGGCUCUUGGCACCAGAAAUUGACAUAGAUGCAUCCUUCAAACAGACACAUAUUGUGAAAAGUGGUGGAAGUAUAUGUAUCCGUAUUGGCUUUAAGGGAAAGCCAACACCUACAGCUUCCUGGACAAAAGUAGAUGGAGAACUUGGUGUUAUGACAGACAUCACCACCACUGAGACAUUCACAGCCUUGACACUGGAAAACUGCACUAGAAAUGAUACUGGAAAAUAUACUCUCACUCUUGAGAACAGUAGUGGCAAUACAUCUAUCACUGUUGCAGUCAAAGUGUUGGACACACCUGGUGUACCAGGGGCUCUCUCCAUUAAGGAAGUCACAAGAGGAGUUCUCACAAUUGCUUGGGAACCUCCUACAAAUGACGGUGGUGCACGUGUUCAUCAUUACAUUGUUGAGAAGCGUGAGGCAAGCCGUCGUACAUGGACGGAGGCAGCACCCAAGACCACUCAAACAAGCUUGAGAGUUUCUGAUCUCCUGGAAGGUGUACCUUAUUUCUUCAGAGCUAUGGCUGAGAAUCAGUAUGGUCUUGGUGAAGCGUAUGAAAUGUCUGAUCCAGUUAUUGCCACAGCUGAACCUGCUCCACCAAAGAGAGUUGAUAUCAUUGAUACAACUGACACAUCAGCAACCCUGGCCUGGCUCAAGCCAGAGCAUGAUGGAGGAAGCCGUAUCACAGGCUAUUGUGUAGAAUCCAAGGGAAAAGAUGCAGAUAAAUGGGUUGUUUGUGGUACAACAAAAAAUCUAAGCCUUGUAAUUGAAGGACUUACAGAGAACAGUGAGUAUGAAUUUCGUGUCAAGGCAAAGAAUGAUUCUGGCUUCAGUGUGCCAAGAGAAGCUUUCUCCUCAGUCAUCAUUAAAGAGCCACGAAUUGAACCUACUGCCGAUCUCAGUGGUAUUACCAACCAACUCAUUACUAGCAGGAUUGGCGAAUCUUUUGAGAUUGAUGUUCCAAUUAGUGGAAGACCAGCUCCAAAGGUAUCCUGGAAACUUGAGGAAAUGAGACUGAAAGAAACUGACAGGGUUUCAAUCAAGACUAACAAAAACAGGACCACUCUCACAGUUAAAGACUGCAUGAGAGGUGAUGGAGGCAGAUAUUUCCUCACCCUUGAGAAUGUCACUGGGCCAAAGACUUUCACUGUCACUGUCAAUGUUAUUGGCAGACCAAGCCCUCCAGAGGGCCCUAUUGAGAUUUCCUCAAUUACAUCAGAGUCAUGCAUACUGUCUUGGAAUCCACCUGAAGAUGACGGUGGCACAGACAUCACAAACUACAUUGUUGAGAAGCGUGAAUCUGGCUCCACUGCUUGGCAGCUUAUUAACUCAAGUGUAAAACAUACUUCUUUCCAUGUUUCACAUCUAACUAAAUACAUGCAGUAUACUUUCCGUAUCUGUGCUGAAAACCGUUUUGGUGUGAGCAAACCAACAGAAUCUGAGACGAUUGUUGCAGAGCAUCCAUUUGUUCCUCCAGGCCCUCCAACAAGGCCAGAAGUGUUCGCUGUAACUGCCAACAGCAUGAGCAUUCGUUGGGAGGAACCGUACCAUGAUGGUGGCAGCAAAGUCUCUGGAUACUGGAUUGAAAAGAAGGAGCGUAACACAAUUCUCUGGGUGAGAGAAAACAAGAUUCCCUGCUUUGAAUGCUACUACAAGGUGGAAGGCCUUGUUGAGGGUCUUGAAUACCAGUUCAGAGUGUAUGCAAUGAAUAGCGCUGGCCUCAGCAAAGCAAGUGAAGCAUCAAAAAGAGCUGUGGCACAAAAUCCAGUUGAUCCUCCAGGAAAACCAGAAGUUAAAAAUGUAUCAAGAUCAACAGUCUCAAUCAAAUGGUCUGUGCCCCUAAACGAUGGUGGAAGCCCGAUUACAGGCUACAUUGUUGAGCGCAAGCCUUAUACUGUCACUGGAGAAGGUCGCUGGCUUAAGUGUAACUACACUAAUGUUACCGACACAAAUUUCACUAUCACUGCAUUGGGAGAAGGAGAGGAAUAUGAAUUCCGUGUAAUUGCCAAAAAUGCAAAUGGAGUGUUGAGCCUGCCAUCAGUUUCAACAGGACCAGUGACCUGCAAAGCAGAAUACAUUCCUCCUAAAGCAGAGCUGGACAGCAAACUCCUUGUGGACACAGUUGUAAUUAGAGCUGGAUCUGAUCUGGUGCUGGAUGCUGCUGUUGGUGGUAAACCUGAGCCUAAAUUCAGCUGGUCCAAGGGCACAAAAGAGCUAGAGCUUUGUGAAAAAUAUGCUCUCCAGUAUUCAAGUACCCGUGCUCUGGCAUUCAUCAAGUUCUGUGACAGAGAUGACACUGGGAAGUAUGUUUUGACAGUUAAAAAUGCAAGUGGAACAAAAACCGCUGAGGUCAAUGUUAAAGUGCUUGAUACACCUGGUCCCUGUCAGGAGAUUACAGUCAGCAAUAUAUCUGAGGAAAAAUGCACAGUGUCUUGGAAAGAGCCACUGGAUGAUGGUGGUGACCCCAUCACACAUUACAUUGUUGAACGAAGGGAUACCAAUAGACUUAACUGGGUUAUCAUGGAGGCUGAAUGCAAAGCCCUAACAUGUGAAAUUAAAAGACUUUUCAAGAACAACGAAUAUAUCUUCCGUGUGAGAGGUGUGAACAAGUAUGGAUCUGGUGUGGCAGUACAGUCUACCCCCAUCUUUGCCAGAAACUCAUUCACUGUCCCAUCACCUCCUGGAGCACCAGAAAUCCUUGCAGUUGGAAAAGACUAUGCAACGAUAGAGUGGCUGAAGCCUGAGAGCGAUGGUGGCAGUGAAGUCACAAACUACUUGAUUGAGUUCCGUGAAAAAAAGAGUGUUAGAUGGAUCAAGGUUAACAGAGAUUCUGUUCUCAAGGACACAUCCUUUAAAAUCACUGGUCUCCAUGAAGGCAACAUUUACCAGUUCCGUGUUACAGCCAUGAAUGCAGCUGGUGAUGGUGAACCUAGUGAAGUGUCAAUGUAUGCAGUAUGUAGAGUACCAACAGGCACUUCAGAUCCACCUUCAAUUCCACGGGUUACAGACACACACAAAGAUAGUAUUAGCCUUGCCUGGACACGACCAGUUGAAGAUGGAGGUGCUGAUGUUAUUGGUUACGUUCUUGAGAUGCAAGAAGCUGGUGCAGAGGAAUGGACAAAAGUGCAUGAAAAGAAUCUUAGGGUGACAGAACACACAGUUACAGGUCUUUCUGCUGGCAAAAAAUACUGUUUCAGAGUUGCAGCUGUCAAUGUAAAUGGAAUGGGUGACUUCAGUGAACCUUGUGCAGAGACUGAGCCUGUGGAAAGAAUUGAAAUUCCUGACCUUGAGCUGCCUGAUGAACUGACAAAGACAAUUUGUCUGAGAGCCGGAAGUUCUCUGCGGCUCCAUGUUACUGUCACUGGUAGACCAAUCCCAACGGUAACCUGGAGCAAACCUGGUGUGGACCUCCAAAAUCGUGGCUUUAUUGAAGUGACCAAUACUGCUACAACUCUCAUUAUUGACAAGGUGCACCGCUAUGAUGCUGGAAGAUAUACAAUUGAAGCUUCAAAUUCAGCUGGAAAGAAGGAUGCAAGCAUUCUUGUGAAAAUCUAUGAUACACCUGGUCCAACUGGUCCAAUUAAGUUGAAAGAGCUUACAAAAGAUUCUGCUCACAUUACUUGGGAUGCUCCUGAAGUUGAUGGUGGAGCACCUGUCAAUAAUUACAUCAUUGAAAGACGAGAGGCAUCAAUGAGAGCAUACAAAACUGUCACAUCCAAAUGCAGCAACACAUCAUACAAAAUAACUGGUCUGACAGAAGGAAUGCUCUAUUAUUUUAGAGUCUUACCAGAGAAUAUCUAUGGUGUUGGUGAACCUUGUGAGACAGGUGAUGUUGUGUUGGUCUGUGAAGUUCCACUGCCACCAGCCAAGCUUGAAGUUGUAGAUGUAACCAAAUCCAGUGUAUCACUUGCCUGGGAGAAACCUUUACAUGAUGGAGGCAGCAGAAUUACUGGCUACAUUGUUGAGGCUUGUAAAGCUGGUACUGACAAGUGGAUGAAGGUGGCAACUUUGAAAAUUACAGACUUUGAGUUCACUAUCAUGUCACUUAAUGAGAAUGAGCAGUAUCUCUUCAGGGUUUGUGCUGUCAACAGCAGAGGAGCUGGUGAGCCAAAAGAAAUUGUAACAGCUGUGACAGUUCAAGAACAAAGAGUCUUGCCAAAGGUUGAUCUAUCAGCUAUUCCACAGAAGACGAUAAGUGUUUUGGCAGGCAAACCCCUUGAGCUUGACUUACCAAUUAUAGGACGACCACCACCAGUUUGUUCUUGGUUCUUCCAUGACAAUAGGGUAAAGAUUGUGGAGCGUGUGAAGAUAAAGUCAACUGGAAAAUUCUCUAAAUUAACCAUUCUUGACACUACCAUUGAUGACAGUGGAGUGUAUACACUUGAGUUGAAAAACAUAACAGGAGUAACCACUGAAAACAUCAAAGUCAUCAUUCUUUCCAAACCUGAUGAGCCUCAAGGACCAAUCCGAUUUGAUGAAAUUGAUGCAACAUCAGUCACAAUAAGCUGGUAUCCACCUACGAGAGAUGGUGGUGCACCAAUUAGCAACUAUGUGGUUGACCAACGUGAUGCUCAUCGCCCAGGAUGGGUUCCUGUGUCAGAAUCUGUUUCCAGACCAACAUUCAAAUUUGUCAGAUUGACAGAGGGCGAUGAAUAUGUGUUCCGUGUUGCAGCAACCAAUCGCUAUGGCACUGGGGAUUACUUACAGUCAGAAAUCGUAAUGUGCAAGAGCUCCAAAUCCAUUCCUGGGCCGCCUGGAAGACCCAUUGUAUUUGAUGUAUCACGUGAUGGCAUGACCGUUGCAUGGGAGCCACCAGAUGAGGAUGGAGGCUUAGAGGUGUCUGGCUAUAUUAUUGAACGCAAGGAGGUCAGAUCAGAUAGGUGGAUCCGUGCUAAUAAAAAUCCAGUGACAAUGACAAGAUACAGAUCCACUGGAUUAAUUGAAGGCCUGGAAUAUGAACACAGAGUGACAGCCAUCAAUGCCCGUGGUGUUGGCAAACCUAGCCUUCUUUCUAAACCGGCAGUAGCAACUGAUCCUGUUGAUCCACCUGGGUCACCUCAAAACCCACGGGUCACAGAUACCUCAAAGUCUUCUGUGUCUUUGGCCUGGAGUCCUCCAGAUGAGGAGGGUGGUGCUAAGGUUACAGGCUAUCUAAUUGAGAUGCAAAAGGUUGGUUCAGUAACCUGGAUGAAGUGUAACACUACACCUUCACUGAUCUGUGAAUAUACCUUGACACAAAUGCCGCAAGGAGAAGAAUUCAAAUUCCGUGUUAUGGCUUGCAAUGCUGGUGGACCAGGUGAACCAGCUGAAGUACCAGGAGUUGUGACUAUAACAGAGAUGCUUGAUCCUCCAAGUUAUGAUCUUGAGGCAAAAUACAAAGAUGUCCUUGUAGUCAGAUCCGGAGGAGUAAUCAAACUUUCAGUGCCCAUCAAAGGCAAACCUACUCCUACCUGCAAAUGGACCAAGGAUGGAUCAGAGGUGACCAACCGUGCUAUGAUUGCCUCCAAUGAAGACAUAUCAGAGCUUGUAAUCAAACAAGCUGAAAAGUCUGAUUCUGGAGUUUACAAUCUCCAUCUGGAGAACAAGUGUGGCAAAAAAAUGCUUGCUAUAAAGGUCAAGGUUAUUGGCCGCCCAUCUGUACCUGAAGGCCUUCUUAGAUUUGAUGAUAUACAAGCACAUUCUGUAAAAGUUAGCUGGAAACCACCAACAGAAGAUGGUGGUUCUGAAAUUGUUGGCUACAUUGUGGAGAGACGUGAAGUAACAAAAGCAGCUUGGUACACCGUUGACUCGCGAGUGGUUGACACAUCCCUUGUGGUUAAGGGACUACAAGAAAAUGUUGAAUACCACUUUAAGGUGACAGCAGAGAACCAGUUUGGAAUAAGCAGCUCACUGAAAUCAGAGACAACUGUUGUACCAAAGACUCCCAUUUGUGUCCCAGAGGCUUCAGGCACUCCACCAGAAAUUAUGGAUGUUACUAAGAAUUCUGCUGCUUUGGCUUGGACUAAACCCAAAGAUGAUGGUGGAUCUCGCAUUACUGGUUACUUCAUUGAGUACAAAGAAGUGUCGUCUGAUAAGUGGAUUCAUCAUGAGGCAAAGAUUACCUCAACAAUGUAUACUCUUAGUCAGCUCACUACUGAUUCUGAGUAUCAGUUCCGUGUAAUUGCUGUGAAUGACAUUGGGGAGAGUGAACCAGGACCUGCAUCGGAUUCAGUAAUAUGCAAAGAUCCAUUUGAUAAACCAAGCCAGCCAGGAGAAAUUGACAUUAUGACUGUUACCAAAGACUACAUUACAAUUAAUUGGGAGACUCCAGCAUGUGAUGGUGGAAAACCAGUCCUUGGCUACUGGAUUGAAUACCGAAAGUCUGGAGAGACUGCUUGGAAGAAAUGCAAUAAGGAGCGCACAAAGGACAAACAGUACACUCAGGGUGGUCUACAAGAGGCAACAGAAUAUGAAUUCAGAGUAUUUGCUGAAAAUGAAACCGGAAUUAGCCGACCACGCAGAACAGCAACUGGCAUCAAAACUAAACUGGGUGUUGGAACUAAACCAGCUCUCAGGAAAGAGAUGGAUGAGGUCACUGCCAAACUAGGACAAACUGCAACUCUCAAAUGUCAGAUUAUUGGAAGACCUAUUCCAGAAAUUAAAUGGUACAAGGGCGGAAAGGAAAUCAAAGAAGGUCGCAAAUAUGCAGCAACCUCGGAUGGCCGUAAUCAUACACUGACGAUUUCAACCGAUCAACAGGAAGAUGAGGGUCUGUACACAUGCAAGGCUGUGAAUGAGGCCGGCGAGUGUGAGACCAGUGGAACUCUGGUCCUUGAAGCAGCACCACAGUUCCCAGUGCCACUGAAAGACAAAUUCUUUGCAACAUGUGGUAGCACAGUGCGCAUGCAUGUUGUUUACAUUGGUCGACCUCAUCCUAAGAUAAUGUGGCUUUAUGGAGCCAAGGCUUUGGAACCCUCUGAGAAUGUGAUAAUUGAAAAUACAGAGCAUUACACUCAUUUGAUUCUCAAAAACGUACAGCGCAGAGUAAACGGAGGAAAAUACAGAAUCAGGAUUAACAACCAUUUUGGGGCUGCAGAUACUGUAACUCACGUUGAAAUCUUAGAUAAACCUGCAAUGCCAGAAGGUCCUCUUGUACUUGAUGCACUGUUGAAGAAUUCUGUGAUAAUUAGCUGGAAAGCACCCAAAGAUGAUGGAGGAUCUAUGAUCACAAAUUAUAUUGUGGAAAAGCGUGAAGACAAGGAAGGAGCAGAGUGGGAACUUGUAUCUUCAUCUAUCACAGGCACUUCAUGCAGAAUUCCUAACCUUGUUGAAAAUGAGGGAUACUUCUUCCGUGUUUCAGCACAAAAUCGUUAUGGCAAUAGUGAAUCACUGGAAACUCCUUCUGCUAUCCUCAUCAAGAGUCAGCUACAGAGGCCAGGAGCUCCAUUAAAACCAGUUGUUUCUGGACUUACCAAAAACUCCUGUGUUGUGUCUUGGAAGCCACCUCUCAGUGAUGGAGGCUCUAAAAUUAAGAACUAUUGUCUUGAAAAGCGAGAUAAGAAGGGUGAAUGGGUUGCAGUUACAACAGAUGAAAUCCACCAGACUGUUUAUUCUGUCAAGGGCCUGACAGAAGGUGUUGAGUAUGAAUUCCGGGUGAAAUGUGAAAACCUUGGUGGUGAAAGUGAGUACAGUGAAGUAUCUGACCCUGCCAUUCCAAAGACUGAUGUUGAAGUGCGUGCUCCUGCCUUCAAGGAAGAUCUCAGAAACAUGAGUGUAAAAUUCAAGAGCAAUGCAACAUUUGUCUGCAAGAUAACAGGACAGCCCAAGCCUGUAAUAAAAUGGUUCAAGCGUGGUAAGGAAAUUCAAGCUGAUGGCACCAAAGUCAAGAUUCAAGAAUACAAGGGAGGCUACCAGCAGCUUGUUAUUGCUGAUUGUGAUGCAGAAGACUCAACUGUAUAUCAGAUCAGAGCAACAAACCAGGGUGGAUCCAUUUCUGCUACUGUUUCUCUAGAUGUAGAAAUCCCUGCUAAGAUUCAUCUACCUAAGAAUCUGCAAGGAAAGGAGGCUAUCCCUGCACUUCGUGGUGAAGUUGUGAACAUCAAAAUUCCAUUCAGUGGAAAACCAGAUCCAGUUAUCACUUGGCAGAAGGGACAAGACCUUCUUGAUAAUGAUGGACACUAUCAAGUCAUUGUCACAAGAUCCUUCACAUCUCUUGUAUUCCAGAAUGGAGUAGAAAGGAAUGAUGCUGGUUUCUAUAUUGUGUGUGCCAAAAACAGAUUUGGAAUUGACCAGCAAACAGUUGAGCUUGAUGUUGCAGAUGUGCCUGAUCCACCACGUGGCAUCAAAGCCAGUGAUGUUUCUAGAGAUUCUGUAACACUCCACUGGGUAACAUCUGCCAGUGAUGGUGGAAGUAAGGUCACAAACUAUAUCAUAGAAAAAUGUGCCACCACAGCAGAAAGAUGGAUUCGUGUUGGCCAGUCUCGUGACACCCACUAUACUGUUGUCAAUCUGUUUGGAAAGACAAGUUACCAAUUCCGUGUCAUAGCUGAAAAUAAAUUUGGUCAGAGUGCACCGUCUGAGCCAAGUGGACCUGUUGUAACGAAGGAAGACAAAUCAAGAGUUCUUAACUAUGAUGAAGAAGUUGAUGACACCAGGCCAGUUUCCAAAAGCAAAGCUCCUCAUUCAGAGGCUAAGAAUGUUCACAACAAGUACAUGAUUGCUGAAGAGCUUGGCCAUGGACAGUUUGGUAUUAUUCACCGGUGCAUUGAAACCAGCUCUGAGAAAACUUACAUGGCUAAAUUUGUCAAAGUAAGAGGUGCAGAUCAGGCACUAGUGAAGAAAGAAAUUGCAACACUGAAUGUGACACGCCACAAGAGCUUCCUGUUACUGCAUGAGUCAUUUGACUGCCCUGAAGAGCUAGUCAUGAUUUAUGAGUUCAUCUCUGGUGUGGACAUAUUUGAGCGCCUUGGUACAGCCAAUUUUGAGCUCAAUGAGCGUGAAAUUGUUAACUAUAUCAGACAAGUAUGUGAAGCUCUUGAAUUCCUUCACAGCAAGAGUUAUGGCCACUUUGAUAUCAGGCCUGAAAAUAUAGUGUACACUACAAGAAAGGGAACUAAUGUCAAGAUUAUUGAGCUUGGACAAUCUAGACACCUUACACCUGGCGACCAAAUUAAGAUUCAGUACACGACAGCUGAGUUUGCGGCACCAGAAAUACAUCAAAAUGAGAUGGUUAGCACCGUGACAGAUAUGUGGUCUGUCGGUGUCCUUGUGUAUGUUCUUCUCAGUGGACUUAAUCCAUUCGCUGCUGAAACUAAUCAGCAAAUGAUUGAGAGCAUUUGCAAUGCUGAGUACAGUUUUGAUGAUGAAGCCUUUAAGCAUGCAAGUGUUGAGGCAUUAGACUUUGUGGACCGCCUACUAACCAAAGAGCGCAAACAUCGUAUGACCGCUGCUGAGGCUUUGAAUCAUCCUUGGCUGACAAUGAACUCAGAGCAGCUAAGCACUAGGUCCAUCAAGAUUACACGCCAUAAGAGAUAUUACCAAGCCAUGGUUAAGAAAGAAUGGAACACUGUUGUGUCAUCUGCUCGUGUUGCCAGUGGUGGUGCUAUCAGAAGUCAGCGAGGAGUAACAGUCUCUAAAGUGAAGAUUGCACCAUUUGAACAUGGACCAGUUGCAGGACAAAUUAAACACAGUGCUGCUGAUGAAGGUGAUGAUAUCAAGCUCAUUUGCAACAUUGAUAACUACGAUAGCACCACCGAAGUAACAUGGUACUGUGGAGUAAGACAACUAGAAGAAAGCGCUAAAAAUGAAAUUACUUAUGAAGACGAGCUUGCUACCAUAACUAUCAAAGGAAUCACCAGAACUGAUGACGGAACAUACAGAUGUAAAGUUGUCAAUGAGUAUGGUGAGGACAGUGCCUAUGCUGAGCUCUUUGUCAAAGGGGUAAGAUCCUAUCGUGAGUUCUUCACUACACGUGUUGUAAAGAAAGUAAAACGCAGAGUUGACACAGCAAGACUUCUGCAAAGACCUCCUGAAUUUACUUUGCCAUUAUGUAACCGCACUGCUUACAUUGGAGAGAAUGUGCGCUUUGGUGUCACAAUCACAGUGCAUCCUGAACCUCGUGUAAUGUGGUUGAAAACUGGUCAAAAGAUUAUGCCGGGAGAUGAUGACAAGAAAUACACUUUUGUUAGUGAUAAGGGCCUGUAUCAGUUAGUUAUUCACAAACUUGACCCAGAUGAUGAUGCGGAAUACACUGUUGUGGCACGGAACAGAUUUGGUGAUGACAGUUGCAAGGCUCGUCUCACAGUGAUCCCUCGUCCUGCUCCUGCUGAUAACACUUUGAGACCUAUGUUCAAACGUGUUCUUGCUAACUUGGAAUGCAGAGAAGGCCAGAGUGUACGUUUUGAAAUGAGAGUGUCAGGGCAUCCUUCAUUGAAAUGGGAGAAAGAUGGCAUGCCUUUGGCAUUUGGUCCACAAAUUGAAGUUGUGCAUGAAGGCUUAGAUUACUAUGUUUUACAUGUAAGAGAUACUCUUCCAGAGGAUUCGGGCACAUACCGAGUCAUUGCAACUAAUUCAGCUGGGUCUGCAAGUUGCCAAUCCACACUCAAGGUUGAACGUGUGACACACAUCAAGAAGGAGGAGAGUGAGGAAGAAAAGAAGAAGAAACAUGAUCUUGAUCAGCAAGAGAUGGACAAGAAAGUAAGACUAACUCAGAUACUAGCAGGUGCAGAUGUUACCCCACUUACUCCAGUCGCACAGCAAGCACUAAGAGAAGCUGCAACUAUGUUCAAGCCAGCAAUCACUACCAAGAAAGUCAAGAGUGAAGCUGAGGAAGCCAAAGAAAAAGAGGAGAAAAAGAAGAGAGCAGAAGAAAAGAGGCUGAGAAUGCCAUAUGUUAUUCCUCCACCUCGUGUUGUUGCUCCUACUGCUCUUGAGGAGGAUAUGGAAAUCAAACACUUUGUUCCUUUCUCUGAUAUGAAGUGGUACAAGAAACUCCGUGAUCAAUAUGAGUUCCCGGAGCCAAUGGAAAAGUUCCCCCAGAAAAGACUUAAGCGCAUCCGACUGUCAAGAUGGGAUCAGUUCUAUGAAGUACCCCUGCCAAGAAUUAAUGACCAAUACAAGCCAAAAUGGCAUAUUCCUGUUUCACAGGAUGACCUUGAGACUGUAAGGCCAGCAAGACACCGCACACCUUCUCCAGAGAUGGAGGCUUACUACAGAAUCAGGAGACGCUCUCUUGGUGAUCUUUCUGAUGAGGAACUGCUUCUGCCUGUUAGAGAAUACUUGUCAGUGAAGAGAACAGAAGAAGAAAGACUUAAACUCGAGGAUGAACUUGAGUUAGGCUAUUCUGCUUCUCCACCAAGUCUUAGCCCUGUACGCUUUGAACUCUCUGCACUGCGUCACCCAUCACCUAAGAGAGCUGCAUAUGAUGAGGAGGAAGGGGAGGAAGUUCCAACAUAUGACUCUUACCGUAUUCCAUCUAAAUAUGAGGCUGGUCCAAGCUAUAUUGACUUACGUCAGCGUCACGAUAGGGCAACAUACAGACCUCCAAGGCAAAAACAAAGGUUAUAUGAGGAAAAAGAGGAUCAGGAACUGCUUAGGUCUGUCACGACAGCCACAAAAUUAACUUCCUACAAGAGCCAACUGCAGCACAUUGAGUUUGAGGAGAAAACAAAGGUCAAAAGAAAGGAGAAAACAAGAGUUUCUGUGUCAGCAGUAACUAAGGCAGCAGUUCUAACUGAAAUACCUACAACAUUAUUCUCUCCUGGCUAUGCUACAGUAACUCGUCCUACGAAACCUUCUGCAGCUCUGGCAGAAAAAGAAGUGGUUAGAACAACUUCACCUGAAAAGACACGCCCACGUUCCCCCAGCCUUGAUUCUACUGAGAAAGCAGACACUACACCAGACUUAUCAACAAAAAUUGAUUAUAUGUCAAGGUAUGAGUCAAGAAAGAAAGCCUUGAAAACUGAGAGGAAGUUUGAAAUUGUGACCCAGCAGCCUUUUACCCUCGACCAUGCACCCAGAGUGACAGUAAGAAUGCGCUCUCACCGUGUGCCAAUUGGUCAAAACACUAAGUUCACAAUGAAUGUCCAAUCGAAGCCAGAAGCACAGAUUAAAUGGUACCACAAUGGACGGCAGAUUGAAGAAAGCAGAAAAUACCGUAUAUUUAACAUGAGUGGCGUUUUGUCUCUUCAAAUCAUUGAUUGUCAGGAAGAGGAGAGUGGCACCUACCGUGUUGUCUGCACAAAUGCAAAGGGAGAGGCCUCUGACUAUGCCACUCUCGAUGUUGCUGGUGGAGGAUUUUCUGCAUAUGCCUCGCAACGUAAGGAUGAGGAGCCACCAACUCCCUUUUUCCCUGAGAUGACAAAAACAGAUGUUUAUCAUGUUUCAUCUACAAAAGCAGAAUCUGUAUCAGAAACACAAAUGGAAGUAUCUGAAAUUAAAACAGACAAGAUAGAAGAGACAAUUGAGACUGUUGUUCAGGAGGAGAAGGUAACAUCUGAAAUCAAACUUGAAACUAUGGAAGUGACAGCAGUUGAGGAAGUUGUGGUUGAGAAAAUUUCUGAGACUAAACUUGAAGCUACAGAAGUGACAACAGUAGUGGAAGAAGUGGUUGAGGAAAAGAAGCCAACUCUCCCAGCUACAAUUUUGACUAAACCACAGUCACUCACAGUAUCUGAGGGAGAAUCUGUUAAAUUCACAUGUGAUGUUGAUGGUGAGCCUGCACCCACUGUAACAUGGAUGCGAGAGACGCAAGUAAUUGUGUCAUCUCAUCGUCACCAUAUUACCUCAACUGAAUAUAAAUCGACCUUUGAGAUUACCCAAGUAGAAACGUCAGAUGGAGGUAAUUACACUGUAGUGGUAGAGAACUCCGAAGGUAAACAGGAGGCACAGUUCAGUCUAACUGUUCGUAAACCAACACCUGUACAGAAAGUUGUUGCUUCUCCUCCAAGAGUGAAAUCUCCAGAGUCCCCCCGUAUAAAGUCACCAUUUGGAAUUAGGUCUCCACAGAGAAUUAAAUCACCAGAACCAAUUAAAUCUCCACCAAGAGUUAAGUCUCCACCCAUGGUAAAAUCACCUACUCCAAAAGAAAAAACAUCCAAGCCAACCUUCUCAGCAGAACUAAAAGACAUCUCGGCCUCUGCAGAUACUAUUAUUAAGCUUACAGUGAAAGUGUCCGGUGAGCCUAAGCCAUCAAUCUCUUGGAUGAAGGAUGGAAAAAACCUCUCUCAAGGUGGAAAAUAUGAAAUAUUCGAAGAACAUGGUUCAGCACAUCUUGAAAUCUAUGAAGCUGAUGUCUCUGAUAGUGGAGUAUACACAUGUACAGCCAAAAGCAGUGCUGGAUCUGUUACUACAAACUGCACUGUUACCGUUCAAGCGCGGACAACGACAGUUGGCAUGGAACGGAAAGCAGAGAUGACAGAGCAAAUAGUGAAAAAGGAGAUAGCUUUUGAGGAAGUGCAGUCCUUUACAGAAAUCAAAGCAUCAAAAACCCAAAUGACGAUGAGUCAAGGUCAGACUGUUACGCUACGAGCAAACAUCCCUGAAGCCUCUGAUGUGAAAUGGAUCCUGAAUGGAGCCCAGCUAUCAAAUUCAGAGAACUACAGAUACGGUGUGUCAAGAAAUGAUCACACCCUGACAAUUAAAAGCAUCAGCCACCAUGACCAGGGAAUUCUCACAUGUGAGGCCAAAACUGAACAUGGUGUAGUCAAGUGCCAGUUUGACAUGACCGUCAGUGCAAUGCGCUCAAAUGCACCAAGUUUCCUUGUGCAACCACACUCAAAGAAUGUAAACGAGGGACAAAAUGUCACAUUUACAUGCGAAAUCACUGGUGAUCCUUCUCCUGAAAUUGAGUGGCUAAAGGAUAAUUCAGUAAUAUCUAUUACAUCGAACAUGAAAUUGAGCCGGUCUAAGAAUGUGUACACACUUGAGAUUCACAACGCUACCAUUGAAGACAGCGGAAAAUACACAGUAAAAGCAAAGAACAAAUUUGGACAGUGCUCUGCAACAGCAUCACUGAAUGUCCUCACUCUGGUUGAGGAACCUGCCAAAAUGAUAAUUGUGGAGAAAGCCUCUGAUGCUACGAGCGUGCAGGGCAGUUAUUCUGCCAAGCAUGAGGCUUCAAAAAUGCAAGAGACAUCCUUCAGCAGUUCCAGCAUGGCUGAGGUUAAAUUUGAGAGCAUGUCAGCGUCUAGCAUGACCUCCAUGACUUCUGAAAGAAUGAUAGCUAUGAGCUCCAGCAGUAUGAUGGCACUGUCCAGUCACUCGCAUGUUGAGGGGUCAUCCAUCAAAGCCAUUUCUUACGGCCGCAAAGGUAUACCACCAAAGAUUGAGGCUGCUCCUCAAGAUAUCAGUAUUGAGUCAGGGAAGGUCCUGACUGUAGCCUGUGCUUUCAUUGGAGACCCAACCCCUUGCAUAGAAUGGUCACAUUCAGGGAAGACACUGUCCAGCAAGGAGCAAGAGAGUGGACGAUUGCAGAUUGAGACUUCUCAAGAUGUCACCACUCUUGUUAUAAGUGGAGUGAAAGAGACUGAUGCUGGUGCAUACACCUUAAAACUUUUUAAUGAGUUUGGAUUUGAUACCACUACUGUCAAUGUCAGGAUUCGAUCGAUGUAAAAAUAUAUAUAUAUUAUAUAAUAGCAAUACAAUCCUCACCCCAUUUCCCUCAUUCAAAUCCUUUUUAUUUAUAGAAUGAGAAAAAAUACUCUGUUCUUGAUAAAGACCUGAAUUUCUGUUCUUGUAAAUAUGAACUUUUUUUUUUUUUUUUACCAAACUUGACAUUAAUUUAUGCCAAACUAGACUAAAGUCUAAAGUUGUUAUAAAAUGUGCCAUAUUGGAUAA